AUGUCCCGUUCUCCAACGGCUCGUAGUCCUUGCUGUGUAUGCUUCAAACUAUCAAGAAAUGAGGACGAGCGGGCCCAAAAGAACACAUUCACGAGGUGGAUCAAUCUCCACUUGGAAGAGCAUAGUUCUUCCGGACGGGUGAAUGACUUAUUCGAGGAUAUAAAAGAUGGCGUAUUAUUAUGUCAUCUCAUUGAAGUACUCACCGGCGAGGCUCUGCAAGUAUGCAAACCUCGCGUCUCGAAACGGGUGCAUCAUAUUGCAAACCUUACAACUGCACUGACCGUACUGCGACGAAGAGGCCUGGAAUUGGUCAAUAACAACGCAAGCGACAUUGCAGAUGGCAAUCCCCGUAUCGUGCUCGGCCUCAUUUGGCAGAUAAUCCUUCAUUUUCAGAUUGAGACGAACAUGGCCCUGCUUCGUGAAUGGGGUUGGGGUUCCACAACUGCUGUGCAAUAUUCACGAGAAUCUACACCGGUGCGAUCUCCUUCAUCACCAAUUAAAAGUCGCCUUGCAUCACUGCUAUCAUCGGGACCAUCGACAUCUGCUGAAAGCCCUAAGAUAUCUAUAAAGCAGAUGAAGAGCUCCGUCGAACAAGUGAUGCUUAGAUGGAUUAACGCUGAAGUCGCAUCGAAAGUAAAUCUACGCGUAGAGAACAUGGACCGUGAUUGGAAGGACGGUAUCCUAUUCUGUGCGCUAGUUCAUCGUUGGAAGCCAGACGUAAUUGACAUGGAGAAAGUGAGAAAUUCUGAGCCAAGAGAAAACCUCGAGACUGCUUUCGAAAUGGCUCAGAAACACCUGGGAAUCAAGAAACUAUUGGAAGUUGACGAUGUUCUCUGUCAAAAGCCUGAUAAACGUUCCAUCAUCACCUACGUCUCGCAAUUCAUACGAGCAUUUGGAGAAGCUCCACCUGUUGAAGAACAUAGUGUAUAUACGGAGUUCUUGGAAUGGCUCGCUCAUGCUUGCAAAGUCGAUCUCGUGAACAGCGAACAAGGGAUGUACUUCCGCCUUAGACGGGAGUUCAUUGAGUACCGCAGUGUUUACAAUACCAUCGUGGCUACAAAGCUGCACUUUUCUGUGGAGGAACUGUCAGAAAUACAAGAAAAAUGGGAAACCAUUCGAUUCAAUUUGGAAGCAGCAGCGGCCAGUGCCGAAAAACGUCUUCCAAAACCGUAUUCGACACUAUCCGGCUGGACCGUUACUGGCCAGUCCAUCAUCAAUACACCGCUUGAUCUGCCCUCGGAAGAACCGCAUAAAUGUCUUGCUAUGCUACAGAAAAUGAUCUCUGAACAUAAUCGCCAUUUUAUCGAUUUGGCAGCUAAACAAGCUGAAUUGCAAGAAGCUACCGAGACUGGAGGAUUAGGUGGCCGUCCAGUGGCAGCAGAAUAUGUCGAGCCACUGCGACUUCGUAUGUCGGCGCUGGCGGAGGAAGCGCCAUUGAAAUUGGCUACUUUGAAAGUGUUGCACGCACAUUAUACUAUUCUAGCGUAUCUUUACGACAUAGAAGUGAAAAUGAAACUGUGGAGGUCUGCAGAGAGUCUUCAACUGUUAAAUCGCUGGAUAACUGAGUAUAAUCAGUUGGAGAGCGAAAACCCUCGUGCUAAAUGUAAUCACUAUUUGGAGGCCAUGAAACAAACUCUAGCCAGUGGACCACCUAUCAAGUUGGAUGGAGAAAGCAUGAUAAAAGCCUGCAGUCGGCGUUCGGAUGAUACUCUCAGAAUCUUUGAAGAAAUAAAAAUGAAGCUGCUGUCAUUGCGCGAUAUAUGGACUGAAUGGGAGACGGAGGUGUUGAGACUUGAAGAAAUCGCAAACGACGGCAUUGCAAAGCGUUCGAACACCGUGAAAGACGAAUUGGAAGCAAUCCGAACUGUCGAAUCGAAAUUCGACGAGCUUGUGCCAUUAUUAAGCGCAUCGGCUCGUCUGGCGAGCAAUCAGCGACUGGAGCAACUUCGAAUGAAAGUGCGACAGCUGAACCGGUUCGCCGCCAGUCGCCUGGUAGUCGAUCUCGUCCCAACAACUUCUCAAAAACUACUUAAAUUUACGAAUGCUACCGAAACUUCUAAUGCAAUUCAAGAGAUCGAGAAGAGUCUUCGCGAGCGGCCAUCUGCUGAUGGCGAAAGCGAGCUCCAGAAAGAGUUCGAAAAAAUGGAGAAGAAACGACGUUUGGCUGUGCUGCGCCAAGUGUUGCCGAAAAUGAGAGCGGUGGAACUUUAUCUGGAGCAAUUACAACAAUGGUUACGCUCUACUGAUGCAUAUGACCGUGCUAAGGCUCUUGACAUACUCGAUCAACUUGAAAAAGAAAUUGGUGCUAUAGAAAACGAGGCUGCAUCUUAUGUUGAUUGCCGUGCUUAUCGUGAAAGCCUGCAAUUGUGCACGGCUAGGCUACAUGGUGAAGGUACAAGUUCCACGAUAAAUUAUCCUGAACCACCUGUUGACAAGGAUUAUGUGAAAGAAGUGAUAGCUCGUGCUGAGCUGAUUCUGGACAGACGUGAAACAAAUGAAGAAGAAAUGCGAGCGUCCAUGAACGAUAUGGAAGACUGCUAUGCUGUACUAAAAGAUUGGAGCAGCAAGCGCUUGAGCGACGUCCGUGAGCGUUGGGACACGAAAUUACGCGAAUUUGAGCUGUGGGAGCACAGCAUGGAUCAUAUCCGACAAAUCAACGAAUCACUCCAACACACUAAGGUCGUUGAGGCCUCGACUUUGGCCGAAUUGCGCCGUAUCGAAGAAAAUUGUAAUCACAUGCAUCUAACUGGCUUGGAGCAUUCGCUCCGUCUUGCUCUGCGUCGUCUUCGUGUCGUCGUCGAAAGUGUUCUACAAGAGCGCCUAGAGUCACUAAAAAUGUCUGGAGAAGAAGACUGUGCGGUCGCUCAGACUAUCGUUCAGGAGGUUGGCGAGGAGUUGGUGACUUUCUGUCCGCAGUUAGACGAGCGACAUACGGAGGCAAGACGGAUUCUUCACGACAAAAUGGAACUGUUCCGUCGCCUUCAGAAUUAUUACGAUGCUAUGAAAUAUCUACGAAAUCAAAACAUCUCAUGGAAUACGAUCACUGUGGCUGAGAUACCGACAGUCUCUGCUGAACUCGAGACUCUGGUUGAACGAUGUGAAUCCGAAUGGGAAAACGACGCUUUACGACUUAGAGCGGAUUUGCUGGCAAUAAGCGGCAGCUUUUUCCAGCUUGAAUUUGACCGCAUUAACGAAAAGUUGAAUUUAUUAACUUUCGAAAAGGAAAAACUGCGAAAUUUGAUGCGUAUCCGACUUGAGUAUCUGGAUGCUGCACGUGAUUUUAUCACUUCCACCGACUCCUCUAUCGAUGUCACUCAGAUGGCCACUCCUAGUGAUCGUCGCCCUGAUGUGGAGAGUAUGACCAAGGACCUCUGUAAAAAUUUGGAAGAAAAAGCUGAGCGUCUGAGGCAACUGCAAGACCAGGCCGAGAUGGUGAUUUCGGAUUUGGCAACAUCACAACGUUUACGACAGUUCCGCCGUCAGCUUGGCGGUGUUGCCGAUGAAAACACCUUUGACAGUGCUGCUCAAAGAUUCGAGAGCCUGGUUACGAACGAACUUCCCACUGCAGAUGAUCCGCUCCAAUUCCUCGCUAUUAUUUUACAACUGAAGAAAUCGGAAGAAACCGAGACCAAAGCCUUCGAGGACGUGAACGAGUUGGCCUUCACAGAUGGAGAAAAAACCGAACGUGAUCGGUUAGCUGCCCUAUACGACACACGGCAAGAAGAACGCAAACGAUUGACUUUGACAUACAUGUACUCCUAUCACGACUACUUAAAUGCCUUAUUCCGUCAACUUGAAGAUAAAGCAAUACAGCUCAUUAAUAACAGAUCGCUUGAAGAGCUGCAAGCGUUCAGUGACGGGGAAUGGAAACGAUGGAAGGAAGCCGUCGGAGAGCUAGAAAGCGUCCUUGAUGCCUCGAUGAGAGUGCGGUUCCGCCCCGAAUUUGCUGAUUUGCAGAGGAAAGCGUUCUCACUUGAUAGUAAAAUCGCUAGAACGAUCGCCAACUCGGCUAAAUAUCGUCGACACGAAGAGAAAUUGGCCAUCAAAUUAACACAGUUUGAAGCUUGGCUGAAGGCUAUGGAAGACGACCUGAAUAUGGUCGAAUCUAUGCCUGAGAGUGACGAGCAGACGGCGCGACUGGCUCAGCUGCUCUCCAACUGUAUGAGUCAUCAAAGGCUGGUCAGCAAGUUGGAGCGGCUAAGUGUUCCGAAUCGGGAUCACAUAGCUCACCUGUGCCAAAAAUACUACGAAAUAGUGUCUAGAUUAAAACGCUACAAUAUAGAAGAGGGUUCAUUACCCUUACAUAUUAGAACUCUUAUCCAAGCUGCCCCAUCACAAUCUCAGUUAUCAAUUAGCUCAAUAGCUUCUUCGGAAGUUAUGGAACGUCCAGAAUCAGUUCAAUCCGCUACCUCAAGCGUUGAUAUUGCCCUUGCCGGUGCUGAAAGCGAAACGCCACUAGAGAAGUCCAUUGGAAAGAUUCGAAGACGUCUUCACCUACUUAUCCAGUCGUAUAACGAUGGACCUAAGCCUCUCCCGGUUGCCACUAAUGAUGACAACCUUCUUUUGAAUUAUUUGGACGAGAUCAGUUUGUUAUUUGGAGAGCUACCCCGAGCGAAUGAAGCGAAGAAAGGAGCGCUCGAAAAUUCGCUCUUACAUCUGCAAGAGCAUCUGAACGAUAUCCACUCACAGCUAGAACAGGAGAUCGAGGAAGAGGUUUCAUUAUCCGAGAAGGAAAGAGAAAUACUCCUUGAGCUUUCAAAACUGGAAGAACGCGUGAAGAGUCGUGGGGUGUCAGAUCAUGAUAUGAUCUAUGACCUCGAUCAGCUUCAAACCCAAAUGGACUUGUUGAGAAUGAUCAGACGUCAACCACGCCGUUAUGUUGAAAGUGAAUUGACAGAACGAGAAGGAUCACCUUCUGCAAGGACCCGGCACAAACGAAAAGUGCUUGUAAUGGUCACAAACACCGUGACAACUAUUAUUCAAGUAGUGGAAGAACGCCUACUAACAAUCGAAGCUCAGCAUAGAGACCCAGUUUUAGAAGAAAAGUUAGCGCUAGUAAAGACGAAUCUCAAAAAAUUGGAGGAAGAAGCAAACGAACCUUUGCCCGAAACAUCGCUUGGCCCAACAGCAGCAGAGUCUCAUAUACCUUAUUUGGAGACGGGUACUCCUGCGGAGAUGUUGCUCAGAGAAGUUCCGAAGAACGAGGCAUUCGCAGCAGCUGUUGCUGGUGUGGAGCAAGCUUUGGAUCAAGCUGAAAAUGUUGAUUUGGAAAGUUGUAACGACGAACAUGUACUAUCUGAAUUACUAAGAUUAUUGGAGAGUCAGCAAAAUUCUAUGGAUGCUCUCACUAAAAUCGCUGAAGACUUGUCGAAAUCAGGAUAUGCGGAAUAUAUUGACACAAUUUCUGCGUUACAAGAACGUUUGAGUUCUGUGAAAAUGUCCCUCAGUGAUCGAAUAUCCGAACUUCACACUGAGAGACCUAUCGAACUUGAGACCGCACGAGAAACAGAACCAUCAGGGACAAAACCUGGCCCUUCGGAUGAAACUAACUUCAACACCCUAGCUGGAAGGGUCCGAGCAGCAAUUGAUUCUGCUGAAGCAAUCGCAUUCGCGAAAGACAGCAACGCUCAGCAGCUGCAAGAAGCAAAACGAUUGUUGGCUACGCAAGAGCCAACUCUGUCUACGCUUUCCGACAUGGCCGAGGAGAAAGCAAAAACGGGAGAUGCCGAGUUUAUCGACAGCGUGUCCUCAUUGACGGAACAGUUCAACGCUGUUAAAUAUGGGAUCGAAGACCAACUGGAUCAGUUGCGACCGGAAGGUCGCGCUAGCCCUGGUGUUUCUGACGAAACUGUGCGAAUAGAGACUCCGGAAGAGAAAAGAUUUGAACCGCUAGCUGAGAAAGUUCGAACGGCAAUUGAUUCUGCAGAAUCAAUCGCCUUUGCAGAACCUACUAAUUUACAACAGCUGCAAGAAGCGAAACAUAUACUGCUGUCACAAGAGCCAGCAAUAUCUACUCUCUCUGAAAUUGCCGAGGAAAAGGCGAAAACAGGAGAUGUUGACUAUGUCGAUAGCAUAUCGUCUUUGAUGGAACAGUACAAUUCUGUUAAGUAUGGAAUAGAAGACCAGUUGGAUCAAUUGCGACCAGAGGGACCCAAAGAACCUCAGUUAUACGAAGAAGAGCAAGUCACCGCCGAGAUUCCUAUGGAAGAAGACAAAUUCAGAGCGCUUGUCGAGGAGGUUCGACAUGCCAUUGAAAACGCCGAAUCCAUCGCCUUUGCCGAAAACAUCGAUCCUCAGCAGUUACGGGAUGCAAAACGGGUACUCAGCUCUCAAGAACCAAGUCUUUCAACACUCACUACCAUUGCUGAGGAAAAAGCGAAAUUAGGAGACGCCGAAUACAUGGAUAUCGUAACUCCUUUGAUGGAACAGUUCACCUCUGUCAGUUAUGGUAUAGAUGAUCAAUUGGACGAGUCUGGACUACAGGAAACGUCAGCGCCCAGUAUAUUGCAACCAGAAAAGGAUAUCGAGCUGGAAACAGAGAAUGCGGAUGUAUAUCCGAAGCUAUCGGAAGUCCUCGUGUCACAGUUGCUAGACGAAGGAGAAACUGGAGAACAAGAGAAGGAAAAACCUAUAGAAAUAGAAGGUGAUGAAAAAAGAAAAAAACGGGAUGAAGAUUAUACAAAACUAGUGCAGCUGCUGGAUCAUAUUGAACAAGACGUUGCGGACAUCGAACAAAGCUUGCCCGUUCCAUCGACAUCCUCUAAUGAUGUUAUAGCGUUCCAGCAGAAUAGAAUACCAAAACUGACAGCAAGAGUAGACGCGAUCGCUGACAUUCCUGCUGACUUACUGCCAAAGAAGGAAGAACUUUCGCAUAGAAUCGAUGACGUCAAUAAGAAAUUGGACGAUCAAGUUAAUGACCUGAAACGAUUCGAAGACAAGACCAUCGAACUACAGAAUGUUGUCGACGAGUGUCGUGGCAAGAUGAAGAAGCUAGAGUUACCAGAACCGAUCGAUACUGCUCAGAAAGAUGCUGAAGACCUGUCGGCAAUUCUAGCCACAAUCGAGGCAAUUCCUCAGGAAGAACUGUCGCCGCGAAAUCAACUGGCUCGUGAUGCAAGCACCAUCAAGCAACAGGCUAAGGAGCAACUUUCUACACUGCGAAAAGCUCUUGACGAUGAAGAAAAGGCUCGUGAAAGACAGGACGAGGUGAAGAACAGAUUGUCAGCCAUUGCCGACAGCCUAAACAAGGUUGAUCCGCAAAAUGUUGAAUCUGCGCAGCAGCUGGUUUCAAGCCUUGAGCCUGAACUGCAGAAGCUGACUGGCAUCGCUGACACAUGUAAUGAAUUCGCUAACACUUCAUCUCCUGUUGUGAGCCACGAUGAUCUCGACAAAACGCUUCCUGAUCAAGUACGGGAAUUGCAGAAGAAGUGUGAAGAUGUGAAGACAAAGGCCGAACAACAAGCAAAGUUGAACGCCGUCGCACCUGAAAUCUUGAUGAUCUCGGAAAGUUUGCAGCAGCAACCGGAAGAGAUCCCAUCAAAUCUCAACGAACAACAAUCUGUACUUGAAGAUCUCGAAUCAAAGAAGCAACGCCUCGAAAACCUCUUGCAGACCAUACCAGCCGGCGAUGCAACGGAGGAGUUGAGGCAAAAGAGCGCAUGGGAUUUGUCAAGACUGAAAGACCUUCUGAAGAGACUUGGCGACUCAGUCGGCGACAAGCUGGCUGCGUUAGCCGCUUUCAAUGCCGCACGCAAGGAUGCUGAAGAUCAGCUUCUUGCCAUCACUGGUCCUGUGUCUGAAGAGAAGACACCUGACGAACUGAAGAAGGACGAAGAAUCGUUAGCUAGAUUACAGCAAAAUAUCUCACAACUCAACCGUGAUGGUCUGGACGACGAACAGAGAGACGAACAUGCUCAACUGCUCGACCGUAUCAACAAGACACUUGAUGUUCUCAAGCAGCGUCGAAGUGCACUGGAGGACGAACUUUCUAAACGAGCAGCCGAACAACAACUGGCAGAUACCAUCACACCGAUAUCCACACGAUUAGUCCAACUUGUCAACGAUGCUAAUCGGCUGUUGGGAGAUGCAGAAGGAGUACCAGCACAAUAUAGACCAACUGCAGAAGAUUUGGUUGAUGAAUGCAAGAAGGCCGAAACUCUUCUGCAGGAUGCACCAAAAUCGCAUCCUUCUGUGCAAGCCCUCGAAGCAGUCCUAUCUCCCGCUCAAAGCAUGAUCCCUGUCUUGCAAGAACGCGCCAACAACUGGGAUGCAUUUGUGCGCAUAAGAGAAGAAGCGGACAUUGAACUGGACAAAUUGCGAAAGCCACUCGACGAAGUCUUGGCAAAACCAAGAAGAUCUACCAAUGACGCUAAGAAAGACUUCGAUGUUAUUUCUGAGGAGAGGAAAAAGACGAAUAUUCUCAACGACAAAGUUCGUCAACUUCAACAGCUUUCUGAACUUCUCGAUCCUCUUGAGAGCGCCUAUGCCGACGUUCGAUUCAUCGACGUUGACGCAGAACAGAUGGAGAAGCAGUAUGAUGACGUACUGAAUGAGAUGUCAUCUGAAAUCGAGGACGAGAAUCUGCUCUGUGACUCUGUAGAUCACUUCAACACCGAGAUGAAUUCUAUCUCUGAUCUGCUAUCCAAAGAGCCCACCAAAGAGAAUAUUGCAAAUGUCGAACAAUUCCAACUUCCGGCACUUCGAGCACAACUAGCGAUGCUGAAGGAGAAACAAGACGAGGCAAAUCAUGCUCGUAAGCAUGUGGAUCCAGACUCCUCUCGCUUCGCUGCCCUAGAAGAUCGUAUGAAGAGCCUUGACUCGAUGCUAGAAGAUGCCAAGAAAGCCACUGAGAAGGACGAACAGGAGCGUAUCAUCGUCAUGAUUACUGUACGACUCUCGCAACUUGAAACGCUUCCUCUCCAUGAGCUUACCGAAGAUUCACUGAAUGAGGUGGAGAACCAACUUCAGAAUCUUCCUAAGGACAAGGCUGAACAGCUACAGAAGCAAAUCGAGGACUUGCGAAAUGCCAAGAAGCAACAGGAUGACACUAUUCGUGACACUGCUCAACGCUUGGCACAAAUCGAAGAUGCAAUUGCUGCACUUCCAACAGCUCAAGACAUUCCGACACUCGAAGACAAACUUGCACGAAUGCGUGAAAUUCGCGAAAGUCUACUGAAUUUGCCGAUUACUGCUGAGAAGGAUGUUGACGAUAGGGCAGAGAAUGAUAGGAAGAAAGUCGACGAAAUGACGAAACAUGAUGAAGAACAACUUCAGAAUAUGUUGACUGAACGCGAUCUUCGCAACACUGCGGUUCAAUCGCUUGAUCAACUCGAACAAGACGUUGCGGACAUCGAACAAAGCUUGCCCGUUCCAUCGACAUCCUCUAAUGAUGUUAUAGCGUUCCAGCAGAAUAGAAUACCAAAACUGACAGCAAGAGUAGACGCGAUCGCUGACAUUCCUGCUGACUUACUGCCAAAGAAGGAAGAACUUUCGCAUAGAAUCGAUGACGUCAAUAAGAAAUUGGACGAUCAAGUUAAUGACCUGAAACGAUUCGAAGACAAGACCAUCGAACUACAGAAUGUUGUCGACGAGUGUCGUGGCAAGAUGAAGAAGCUAGAGUUACCAGAACCCAUCGAUACUGCUCAGAAAGAUGCUGAAGACCUGUCGGCAAUUCUAGCCACAAUCGAGGCAAUUCCUCAGGAAGAACUGUCGCCGCGAAAUCAACUGGCUCGUGAUGCAAGCACCAUCAAGCAACAGGCUAAGGAGCAACUUUCUACACUGCGAAAAGCUCUUGACGAUGAAGAAAAGGCUCGUGAAAGACAGGACGAGGUGAAGAACAGAUUGUCAGCCAUUGCCGACAGCCUAAACAAGGUUGAUCCGCAAAAUGUUGAAUCUGCGCAGCAGCUGGUUUCAAGCCUUGAGCCUGAACUGCAGAAGCUGACUGGCAUCGCUGACACAUGUAAUGAAUUCGCUAACACUUCAUCUCCUGUUGUGAGCCACGAUGAUCUCGACAAAACGCUUCCUGAUCAAGUACGGGAAUUGCAGAAGAAGUGUGAAGAUGUGAAGACAAAGGCCGAACAACAAGCAAAGUUGAACGCCGUCGCACCUGAAAUCUUGAUGAUCUCGGAAAGUUUGCAGCAGCAACCGGAAGAGAUCCCAUCAAAUCUCAACGAACAACAAUCUGUACUUGAAGAUCUCGAAUCAAAGAAGCAACGCCUCGAAAACCUCUUGCAGACCAUACCAGCCGGCGAUGCAACGGAGGAGUUGAGGCAAAAGAGCGCAUGGGAUUUGUCAAGACUGAAAGACCUUCUGAAGAGACUUGGCGACUCAGUCGGCGACAAGCUGGCUGCGUUAGCCGCUUUCAAUGCCGCACGCAAGGAUGCUGAAGAUCAGCUUCUUGCCAUCACUGGUCCUGUGUCUGAAGAGAAGACACCUGACGAACUGAAGAAGGACGAAGAAUCGUUAGCUAGAUUACAGCAAAAUAUCUCACAACUCAACCGUGAUGGUCUGGACGACGAACAGAGAGACGAACAUGCUCAACUGCUCGACCGUAUCAACAAGACACUUGAUGUUCUCAAGCAGCGUCGAAGUGCACUGGAGGACGAACUUUCUAAACGAGCAGCCGAACAACAACUGGCAGAUACCAUCACACCGAUAUCCACACGAUUAGUCCAACUUGUCAACGAUGCUAAUCGGCUGUUGGGAGAUGCAGAAGGAGUACCAGCACAAUAUAGACCAACUGCAGAAGAUUUGGCUGAUGAAUGCAAGAAGGCCGAAACUCUUCUGCAGGAUGCACCAAAAUCGCAUCCUUCUGUGCAAGCCCUCGAAGCAGUCCUAUCUCCCGCUCAAAGCAUGAUCCCUGUCUUGCAAGAACGCGCCAACAACUGGGAUGCAUUUGUGCGCAUAAGAGAAGAAGCGGACAUUGAACUGGACAAAUUGCGAAAGCCACUCGACGAAGUCUUGGCAAAACCAAGAAGAUCUACCAAUGACGCUAAGAAAGACUUCGAUGUUAUUUCUGAGGAGAGGAAAAAGACGAAUAUUCUCAACGACAAAGUUCGUCAACUUCAACAGCUUUCUGAACUUCUCGAUCCUCUUGAGAGCGCCUAUGCCGACGUUCGAUUCAUCGACGUUGACGCAGAACAGAUGGAGAAGCAGUAUGAUGACGUACUGAAUGAGAUGUCAUCUGAAAUCGAGGACGAGAAUCUGCUCUGUGACUCUGUAGAUCACUUCAACACCGAGAUGAAUUCUAUCUCUGAUCUGCUAUCCAAAGAGCCCACCAAAGAGAAUAUUGCAAAUGUCGAACAAUUCCAACUUCCGGCACUUCGAGCACAACUAGCGAUGCUGAAGGAGAAACAAGACGAGGCAAAUCAUGCUCGUAAGCAUGUGGAUCCAGACUCCUCUCGCUUCGCUGCCCUAGAAGAUCGUAUGAAGAGCCUUGACUCGAUGCUAGAAGAUGCCAAGAAAGCCACUGAGAAGGACGAACAGGAGCGUAUCAUCGUCAUGAUUACUGUACGACUCUCGCAACUUGAAACGCUUCCUCUCCAUGAGCUUACCGAAGAUUCACUGAAUGAGGUGGAGAACCAACUUCAGAAUCUUCCUAAGGACAAGGCUGAACAGCUACAGAAGCAAAUCGAGGACUUGCGAAAUGCCAAGAAGCAACAGGAUGACACUAUUCGUGACACUGCUCAACGCUUGGCACAAAUCGAAGAUGCAAUUGCUGCACUUCCAACAGCUCAAGACAUUCCGACACUCGAAGACAAACUUGCACGAAUGCGUGAAAUUCGCGAAAGUCUACUGAAUUUGCCGAUUACUGCUGAGAAGGAUGUUGACGAUAGGGCAGAGAAUGAUAGGAAGAAAGUCGACGAAAUGACGAAACAUGAUGAAGAACAACUUCAGAAUAUGUUGACUGAACGCGAUCUUCGCAACACUGCGGUUCAAUCGCUUGAUCAACUCGAACAAGACGUUGCGGACAUCGAACAAAGCUUGCCUGUUCCAUCGACAUCCUCUAAUGAUGUUAUGGCGUUCCAGCAGAAUAGAAUACCAAAACUGACAGCAAGAGUAGACGCGAUCGCUGACAUUCCUGCUGACUUACUGCCAAAGAAGGAAGAACUUUCGCAUAGAAUCGAUGACGUCAAUAAGAAAUUGGACGAUCAAGUUAAUGACCUGAAACGAUUCGAAGACAAGACCAUCGAACUACAGAAUGUUGUCGACGAGUGUCGUGGCAAGAUGAAGAAGCUAGAGUUACCAGAACCGAUCGAUACUGCUCAGAAAGAUGCUGAAGACCUGUCGGCAAUUCUAGCCACAAUCGAGGCAAUUCCUCAGGAAGAACUGUCGCCGCGAAAUCAACUGGCUCGUGAUGCAAGCACCAUCAAGCAACAGGCUAAGGAGCAACUUUCUACACUGCGAAAAGCUCUUGACGAUGAAGAAAAGGCUCGUGAAAGACAGGACGAGGUGAAGAACAGAUUGUCAGCCAUUGCCGACAGCCUAAACAAGGUUGAUCCGCAAAAUGUUGAAUCUGCGCAGCAGCUGGUUUCAAGCCUUGAGCCUGAACUGCAGAAGCUGACUGGCAUCGCUGACACAUGUAAUGAAUUCGCUAACACUUCAUCUCCUGUUGUGAGCCACGAUGAUCUCGACAAAACGCUUCCUGAUCAAGUACGGGAAUUGCAGAAGAAGUGUGAAGAUGUGAAGACAAAGGCCGAACAACAAGCAAAGUUGAACGCCGUCGCACCUGAAAUCUUGAUGAUCUCGGAAAGUUUGCAGCAGCAACCGGAAGAGAUCCCAUCAAAUCUCAACGAACAACAAUCUGUACUUGAAGAUCUCGAAUCAAAGAAGCAACGCCUCGAAAACCUCUUGCAGACCAUACCAGCCGGCGAUGCAACGGAGGAGUUGAGGCAAAAGAGCGCAUGGGAUUUGUCAAGACUGAAAGACCUUCUGAAGAGACUUGGCGACUCAGUCGGCGACAAGCUGGCUGCGUUAGCCGCUUUCAAUGCCGCACGCAAGGAUGCUGAAGAUCAGCUUCUUGCCAUCACUGGUCCUGUGUCUGAAGAGAAGACACCUGACGAACUGAAGAAGGACGAAGAAUCGUUAGCUAGAUUACAGCAAAAUAUCUCACAACUCAACCGUGAUGGUCUGGACGACGAACAGAGAGACGAACAUGCUCAACUGCUCGACCGUAUCAACAAGACACUUGAUGUUCUCAAGCAGCGUCGAAGUGCACUGGAGGACGAACUUUCUAAACGAGCAGCCGAACAACAACUGGCAGAUACCAUCACACCGAUAUCCACACGAUUAGUCCAACUUGUCAACGAUGCUAAUCGGCUGUUGGGAGAUGCAGAAGGAGUACCAGCACAAUAUAGACCAACUGCAGAAGAUUUGGCUGAUGAAUGCAAGAAGGCCGAAACUCUUCUGCAGGAUGCACCAAAAUCGCAUCCUUCUGUGCAAGCCCUCGAAGCAGUCCUAUCUCCCGCUCAAAGCAUGAUCCCUGUCUUGCAAGAACGCGCCAACAACUGGGAUGCAUUUGUGCGCAUAAGAGAAGAAGCGGACAUUGAACUGGACAAAUUGCGAAAGCCACUCGACGAAGUCUUGGCAAAACCAAGAAGAUCUACCAAUGACGCUAAGAAAGACUUCGAUGUUAUUUCUGAGGAGAGGAAAAAGACGAAUAUUCUCAACGACAAAGUUCGUCAACUUCAACAGCUUUCUGAACUUCUCGAUCCUCUUGAGAGCGCCUAUGCCGACGUUCGAUUCAUCGACGUUGACGCAGAACAGAUGGAGAAGCAGUAUGAUGACGUACUGAAUGAGAUGUCAUCUGAAAUCGAGGACGAGAAUCUGCUCUGUGACUCUGUAGAUCACUUCAACACCGAGAUGAAUUCUAUCUCUGAUCUGCUAUCCAAAGAGCCCACCAAAGAGAAUAUUGCAAAUGUCGAACAAUUCCAACUUCCGGCACUUCGAGCACAACUAGCGAUGCUGAAGGAGAAACAAGACGAGGCAAAUCAUGCUCGUAAGCAUGUGGAUCCAGACUCCUCUCGCUUCGCUGCCCUAGAAGAUCGUAUGAAGAGCCUUGACUCGAUGCUAGAAGAUGCCAAGAAAGCCACUGAGAAGGACGAACAGGAGCGUAUCAUCGUCAUGAUUACUGUACGACUCUCGCAACUUGAAACGCUUCCUCUCCAUGAGCUUACCGAAGAUUCACUGAAUGAGGUGGAGAACCAACUUCAGAAUCUUCCUAAGGACAAGGCUGAACAGCUACAGAAGCAAAUCGAGGACUUGCGAAAUGCCAAGAAGCAACAGGAUGACACUAUUCGUGACACUGCUCAACGCUUGGCACAAAUCGAAGAUGCAAUUGCUGCACUUCCAACAGCUCAAGACAUUCCGACACUCGAAGACAAACUUGCACGAAUGCGUGAAAUUCGCGAAAGUCUACUGAAUUUGCCGAUUACUGCUGAGAAGGAUGUUGACGAUAGGGCAGAGAAUGAUAGGAAGAAAGUCGACGAAAUGACGAAACAUGAUGAAGAACAACUUCAGAAUAUGUUGACUGAACGCGAUCUUCGCAACACUGCGGUUCAAUCGCUUGAUCAACUCGAACAAGACGUUGCGGACAUCGAACAAAGCUUGCCUGUUCCAUCGACAUCCUCUAAUGAUGUUAUAGCGUUCCAGCAGAAUAGAAUACCAAAACUGACAGCAAGAGUAGACGCGAUCGCUGACAUUCCUGCUGACUUACUGCCAAAGAAGGAAGAACUUUCGCAUAGAAUCGAUGACGUCAAUAAGAAAUUGGACGAUCAAGUUAAUGACCUGAAACGAUUCGAAGACAAGACCAUCGAACUACAGAAUGUUGUCGACGAGUGUCGUGGCAAGAUGAAGAAGCUAGAGUUACCAGAACCGAUCGAUACUGCUCAGAAAGAUGCUGAAGACCUGUCGGCAAUUCUAGCCACAAUCGAGGCAAUUCCUCAGGAAGAACUGUCGCCGCGAAAUCAACUGGCUCGUGAUGCAAGCACCAUCAAGCAACAGGCUAAGGAGCAACUUUCUACACUGCGAAAAGCUCUUGACGAUGAAGAAAAGGCUCGUGAAAGACAGGACGAGGUGAAGAACAGAUUGUCAGCCAUUGCCGACAGCCUAAACAAGGUUGAUCCGCAAAAUGUUGAAUCUGCGCAGCAGCUGGUUUCAAGCCUUGAGCCUGAACUGCAGAAGCUGACUGGCAUCGCUGACACAUGUAAUGAAUUCGCUAACACUUCAUCUCCUGUUGUGAGCCACGAUGAUCUCGACAAAACGCUUCCUGAUCAAGUACGGGAAUUGCAGAAGAAGUGUGAAGAUGUGAAGACAAAGGCCGAACAACAAGCAAAGUUGAACGCCGUCGCACCUGAAAUCUUGAUGAUCUCGGAAAGUUUGCAGCAGCAACCGGAAGAGAUCCCAUCAAAUCUCAACGAACAACAAUCUGUACUUGAAGAUCUCGAAUCAAAGAAGCAACGCCUCGAAAACCUCUUGCAGACCAUACCAGCCGGCGAUGCAACGGAGGAGUUGAGGCAAAAGAGCGCAUGGGAUUUGUCAAGACUGAAAGACCUUCUGAAGAGACUUGGCGACUCAGUCGGCGACAAGCUGGCUGCGUUAGCCGCUUUCAAUGCCGCACGCAAGGAUGCUGAAGAUCAGCUUCUUGCCAUCACUGGUCCUGUGUCUGAAGAGAAGACACCUGACGAACUGAAGAAGGACGAAGAAUCGUUAGCUAGAUUACAGCAAAAUAUCUCACAACUCAACCGUGAUGGUCUGGACGACGAACAGAGAGACGAACAUGCUCAACUGCUCGACCGUAUCAACAAGACACUUGAUGUUCUCAAGCAGCGUCGAAGUGCACUGGAGGACGAACUUUCUAAACGAGCAGCCGAACAACAACUGGCAGAUACCAUCACACCGAUAUCCACACGAUUAGUCCAACUUGUCAACGAUGCUAAUCGGCUGUUGGGAGAUGCAGAAGGAGUACCAGCACAAUAUAGACCAACUGCAGAAGAUUUGGCUGAUGAAUGCAAGAAGGCCGAAACUCUUCUGCAGGAUGCACCAAAAUCGCAUCCUUCUGUGCAAGCCCUCGAAGCAGUCCUAUCUCCCGCUCAAAGCAUGAUCCCUGUCUUGCAAGAACGCGCCAACAACUGGGAUGCAUUUGUGCGCAUAAGAGAAGAAGCGGACAUUGAACUGGACAAAUUGCGAAAGCCACUCGACGAAGUCUUGGCAAAACCAAGAAGAUCUACCAAUGACGCUAAGAAAGACUUCGAUGUUAUUUCUGAGGAGAGGAAAAAGACGAAUAUUCUCAACGACAAAGUUCGUCAACUUCAACAGCUUUCUGAACUUCUCGAUCCUCUUGAGAGCGCCUAUGCCGACGUUCGAUUCAUCGACGUUGACGCAGAACAGAUGGAGAAGCAGUAUGAUGACGUACUGAAUGAGAUGUCAUCUGAAAUCGAGGACGAGAAUCUGCUCUGUGACUCUGUAGAUCACUUCAACACCGAGAUGAAUUCUAUCUCUGAUCUGCUAUCCAAAGAGCCCACCAAAGAGAAUAUUGCAAAUGUCGAACAAUUCCAACUUCCGGCACUUCGAGCACAACUAGCGAUGCUGAAGGAGAAACAAGACGAGGCAAAUCAUGCUCGUAAGCAUGUGGAUCCAGACUCCUCUCGCUUCGCUGCCCUAGAAGAUCGUAUGAAGAGCCUUGACUCGAUGCUAGAAGAUGCCAAGAAAGCCACUGAGAAGGACGAACAGGAGCGUAUCAUCGUCAUGAUUACUGUACGACUCUCGCAACUUGAAACGCUUCCUCUCCAUGAGCUUACCGAAGAUUCACUGAAUGAGGUGGAGAACCAACUUCAGAAUCUUCCUAAGGACAAGGCUGAACAGCUACAGAAGCAAAUCGAGGACUUGCGAAAUGCCAAGAAGCAACAGGAUGACACUAUUCGUGACACUGCUCAACGCUUGGCACAAAUCGAAGAUGCAAUUGCUGCACUUCCAACAGCUCAAGACAUUCCGACACUCGAAGACAAACUUGCACGAAUGCGUGAAAUUCGCGAAAGUCUACUGAAUUUGCCGAUUACUGCUGAGAAGGAUGUUGACGAUAGGGCAGAGAAUGAUAGGAAGAAAGUCGACGAAAUGACGAAACAUGAUGAAGAACAACUUCAGAAUAUGUUGACUGAACGCGAUCUUCGCAACACUGCGGUUCAAUCGCUUGAUCAACUCGAACAAGACGUUGCGGACAUCGAACAAAGCUUGCCUGUUCCAUCGACAUCCUCUAAUGAUGUUAUAGCGUUCCAGCAGAAUAGAAUACCAAAACUGACAGCAAGAGUAGACGCGAUCGCUGACAUUCCUGCUGACUUACUGCCAAAGAAGGAAGAACUUUCGCAUAGAAUCGAUGACGUCAAUAAGAAAUUGGACGAUCAAGUUAAUGACCUGAAACGAUUCGAAGACAAGACCAUCGAACUACAGAAUGUUGUCGACGAGUGUCGUGGCAAGAUGAAGAAGCUAGAGUUACCAGAACCGAUCGAUACUGCUCAGAAAGAUGCUGAAGACCUGUCGGCAAUUCUAGCCACAAUCGAGGCAAUUCCUCAGGAAGAACUGUCGCCGCGAAAUCAACUGGCUCGUGAUGCAAGCACCAUCAAGCAACAGGCUAAGGAGCAACUUUCUACACUGCGAAAAGCUCUUGACGAUGAAGAAAAGGCUCGUGAAAGACAGGACGAGGUGAAGAACAGAUUGUCAGCCAUUGCCGACAGCCUAAACAAGGUUGAUCCGCAAAAUGUUGAAUCUGCGCAGCAGCUGGUUUCAAGCCUUGAGCCUGAACUGCAGAAGCUGACUGGCAUCGCUGACACAUGUAAUGAAUUCGCUAACACUUCAUCUCCUGUUGUGAGCCACGAUGAUCUCGACAAAACGCUUCCUGAUCAAGUACGGGAAUUGCAGAAGAAGUGUGAAGAUGUGAAGACAAAGGCCGAACAACAAGCAAAGUUGAACGCCGUCGCACCUGAAAUCUUGAUGAUCUCGGAAAGUUUGCAGCAGCAACCGGAAGAGAUCCCAUCAAAUCUCAACGAACAACAAUCUGUACUUGAAGAUCUCGAAUCAAAGAAGCAACGCCUCGAAAACCUCUUGCAGACCAUACCAGCCGGCGAUGCAACGGAGGAGUUGAGGCAAAAGAGCGCAUGGGAUUUGUCAAGACUGAAAGACCUUCUGAAGAGACUUGGCGACUCAGUCGGCGACAAGCUGGCUGCGUUAGCCGCUUUCAAUGCCGCACGCAAGGAUGCUGAAGAUCAGCUUCUUGCCAUCACUGGUCCUGUGUCUGAAGAGAAGACACCUGACGAACUGAAGAAGGACGAAGAAUCGUUAGCUAGAUUACAGCAAAAUAUCUCACAACUCAACCGUGAUGGUCUGGACGACGAACAGAGAGACGAACAUGCUCAACUGCUCGACCGUAUCAACAAGACACUUGAUGUUCUCAAGCAGCGUCGAAGUGCACUGGAGGACGAACUUUCUAAACGAGCAGCCGAACAACAACUGGCAGAUACCAUCACACCGAUAUCCACACGAUUAGUCCAACUUGUCAACGAUGCUAAUCGGCUGUUGGGAGAUGCAGAAGGAGUACCAGCACAAUAUAGACCAACUGCAGAAGAUUUGGCUGAUGAAUGCAAGAAGGCCGAAACUCUUCUGCAGGAUGCACCAAAAUCGCAUCCUUCUGUGCAAGCCCUCGAAGCAGUCCUAUCUCCCGCUCAAAGCAUGAUCCCUGUCUUGCAAGAACGCGCCAACAACUGGGAUGCAUUUGUGCGCAUAAGAGAAGAAGCGGACAUUGAACUGGACAAAUUGCGAAAGCCACUCGACGAAGUCUUGGCAAAACCAAGAAGAUCUACCAAUGACGCUAAGAAAGACUUCGAUGUUAUUUCUGAGGAGAGGAAAAAGACGAAUAUUCUCAACGACAAAGUUCGUCAACUUCAACAGCUUUCUGAACUUCUCGAUCCUCUUGAGAGCGCCUAUGCCGACGUUCGAUUCAUCGACGUUGACGCAGAACAGAUGGAGAAGCAGUAUGAUGACGUACUGAAUGAGAUGUCAUCUGAAAUCGAGGACGAGAAUCUGCUCUGUGACUCUGUAGAUCACUUCAACACCGAGAUGAAUUCUAUCUCUGAUCUGCUAUCCAAAGAGCCCACCAAAGAGAAUAUUGCAAAUGUCGAACAAUUCCAACUUCCGGCACUUCGAGCACAACUAGCGAUGCUGAAGGAGAAACAAGACGAGGCAAAUCAUGCUCGUAAGCAUGUGGAUCCAGACUCCUCUCGCUUCGCUGCCCUAGAAGAUCGUAUGAAGAGCCUUGACUCGAUGCUAGAAGAUGCCAAGAAAGCCACUGAGAAGGACGAACAGGAGCGUAUCAUCGUCAUGAUUACUGUACGACUCUCGCAACUUGAAACGUUUCCUCUCCAUGAGCUUACCGAAGAUUCACUGAAUGAGGUGGAGAACCAACUUCAGAAUCUUCCUAAGGACAAGGCUGAACAGCUACAGAAGCAAAUCGAGGACUUGCGAAAUGCCAAGAAGCAACAGGAUGACACUAUUCGUGACACUGCUCAACGCUUGGCACAAAUCGAAGAUGCAAUUGCUGCACUUCCAACAGCUCAAGACAUUCCGACACUCGAAGACAAACUUGCACGAAUGCGUGAAAUUCGCGAAAGUCUACUGAAUUUGCCGAUUACUGCUGAGAAGGAUGUUGACGAUAGGGCAGAGAAUGAUAGGAAGAAAGUCGACGAAAUGACGAAACAUGAUGAAGAACAACUUCAGAAUAUGUUGACUGAACGCGAUCUUCGCAACACUGCGGUUCAAUCGCUUGAUCAACUCGAACAAGACGUUGCGGACAUCGAACAAAGCUUGCCUGUUCCAUCGACAUCCUCUAAUGAUGUUAUAGCGUUCCAGCAGAAUAGAAUACCAAAACUGACAGCAAGAGUAGACGCGAUCGCUGACAUUCCUGCUGACUUACUGCCAAAGAAGGAAGAACUUUCGCAUAGAAUCGAUGACGUCAAUAAGAAAUUGGACGAUCAAGUUAAUGACCUGAAACGAUUCGAAGACAAGACCAUCGAACUACAGAAUGUUGUCGACGAGUGUCGUGGCAAGAUGAAGAAGCUAGAGUUACCAGAACCGAUCGAUACUGCUCAGAAAGAUGCUGAAGACCUGUCGGCAAUUCUAGCCACAAUCGAGGCAAUUCCUCAGGAAGAACUGUCGCCGCGAAAUCAACUGGCUCGUGAUGCAAGCACCAUCAAGCAACAGGCUAAGGAGCAACUUUCUACACUGCGAAAAGCUCUUGACGAUGAAGAAAAGGCUCGUGAAAGACAGGACGAGGUGAAGAACAGAUUGUCAGCCAUUGCCGACAGCCUAAACAAGGUUGAUCCGCAAAAUGUUGAAUCUGCGCAGCAGCUGGUUUCAAGCCUUGAGCCUGAACUGCAGAAGCUGACUGGCAUCGCUGACACAUGUAAUGAAUUCGCUAACACUUCAUCUCCUGUUGUGAGCCACGAUGAUCUCGACAAAACGCUUCCUGAUCAAGUACGGGAAUUGCAGAAGAAGUGUGAAGAUGUGAAGACAAAGGCCGAACAACAAGCAAAGUUGAACGCCGUCGCACCUGAAAUCUUGAUGAUCUCGGAAAGUUUGCAGCAGCAACCGGAAGAGAUCCCAUCAAAUCUCAACGAACAACAAUCUGUACUUGAAGAUCUCGAAUCAAAGAAGCAACGCCUCGAAAACCUCUUGCAGACCAUACCAGCCGGCGAUGCAACGGAGGAGUUGAGGCAAAAGAGCGCAUGGGAUUUGUCAAGACUGAAAGACCUUCUGAAGAGACUUGGCGACUCAGUCGGCGACAAGCUGGCUGCGUUAGCCGCUUUCAAUGCCGCACGCAAGGAUGCUGAAGAUCAGCUUCUUGCCAUCACUGGUCCUGUGUCUGAAGAGAAGACACCUGACGAACUGAAGAAGGACGAAGAAUCGUUAGCUAGAUUACAGCAAAAUAUCUCACAACUCAACCGUGAUGGUCUGGACGACGAACAGAGAGACGAACAUGCUCAACUGCUCGACCGUAUCAACAAGACACUUGAUGUUCUCAAGCAGCGUCGAAGUGCACUGGAGGACGAACUUUCUAAACGAGCAGCCGAACAACAACUGGCAGAUACCAUCACACCGAUAUCCACACGAUUAGUCCAACUUGUCAACGAUGCUAAUCGGCUGUUGGGAGAUGCAGAAGGAGUACCAGCACAAUAUAGACCAACUGCAGAAGAUUUGGCUGAUGAAUGCAAGAAGGCCGAAACUCUUCUGCAGGAUGCACCAAAAUCGCAUCCUUCUGUGCAAGCCCUCGAAGCAGUCCUAUCUCCCGCUCAAAGCAUGAUCCCUGUCUUGCAAGAACGCGCCAACAACUGGGAUGCAUUUGUGCGCAUAAGAGAAGAUGCGGACAUUGAACUGGACAAAUUGCGAAAGCCACUCGACGAAGUCUUGGCAAAACCAAGAAGAUCUACCAAUGACGCUAAGAAAGACUUCGAUGUUAUUUCUGAGGAGAGGAAAAAGACGAAUAUUCUCAACGACAAAGUUCGUCAACUUCAACAGCUUUCUGAACUUCUCGAUCCUCUUGAGAGCGCCUAUGCCGACGUUCGAUUCAUCGACGUUGACGCAGAACAGAUGGAGAAGCAGUAUGAUGACGUACUGAAUGAGAUGUCAUCUGAAAUCGAGGACGAGAAUCUGCUCUGUGACUCUGUAGAUCACUUCAACACCGAGAUGAAUUCUAUCUCUGAUCUGCUAUCCAAAGAGCCCACCAAAGAGAAUAUUGCAAAUGUCGAACAAUUCCAACUUCCGGCACUUCGAGCACAACUAGCGAUGCUGAAGGAGAAACAAGACGAGGCAAAUCAUGCUCGUAAGCAUGUGGAUCCAGACUCCUCUCGCUUCGCUGCCCUAGAAGAUCGUAUGAAGAGCCUUGACUCGAUGCUAGAAGAUGCCAAGAAAGCCACUGAGAAGGACGAACAGGAGCGUAUCAUCGUCAUGAUUACUGUACGACUCUCGCAACUUGAAACGCUUCCUCUCCAUGAGCUUACCGAAGAUUCACUGAAUGAGGUGGAGAACCAACUUCAGAAUCUUCCUAAGGACAAGGCUGAACAGCUACAGAAGCAAAUCGAGGACUUGCGAAAUGCCAAGAAGCAACAGGAUGACACUAUUCGUGACACUGCUCAACGCUUGGCACAAAUCGAAGAUGCAAUUGCUGCACUUCCAACAGCUCAAGACAUUCCGACACUCGAAGACAAACUUGCACGAAUGCGUGAAAUUCGCGAAAGUCUACUGAAUUUGCCGAUUACUGCUGAGAAGGAUGUUGACGAUAGGGCAGAGAAUGAUAGGAAGAAAGUCGACGAAAUGACGAAACAUGAUGAAGAACAACUUCAGAAUAUGUUGACUGAACGCGAUCUUCGCAACACUGCGGUUCAAUCGCUUGAUCAACUCGAACAAGACGUUGCGGACAUCGAACAAAGCUUGCCUGUUCCAUCGACAUCCUCUAAUGAUGUUAUAGCGUUCCAGCAGAAUAGAAUACCAAAACUGACAGCAAGAGUAGACGCGAUCGCUGACAUUCCUGCUGACUUACUGCCAAAGAAGGAAGAACUUUCGCAUAGAAUCGAUGACGUCAAUAAGAAAUUGGACGAUCAAGUUAAUGACCUGAAACGAUUCGAAGACAAGACCAUCGAACUACAGAAUGUUGUCGACGAGUGUCGUGGCAAGAUGAAGAAGCUAGAGUUACCAGAACCGAUCGAUACUGCUCAGAAAGAUGCUGAAGACCUGUCGGCAAUUCUAGCCACAAUCGAGGCAAUUCCUCAGGAAGAACUGUCGCCGCGAAAUCAACUGGCUCGUGAUGCAAGCACCAUCAAGCAACAGGCUAAGGAGCAACUUUCUACACUGCGAAAAGCUCUUGACGAUGAAGAAAAGGCUCGUGAAAGACAGGACGAGGUGAAGAACAGAUUGUCAGCCAUUGCCGACAGCCUAAACAAGGUUGAUCCGCAAAAUGUUGAAUCUGCGCAGCAGCUGGUUUCAAGCCUUGAGCCUGAACUGCAGAAGCUGACUGGCAUCGCUGACACAUGUAAUGAAUUCGCUAACACUUCAUCUCCUGUUGUGAGCCACGAUGAUCUCGACAAAACGCUUCCUGAUCAAGUACGGGAAUUGCAGAAGAAGUGUGAAGAUGUGAAGACAAAGGCCGAACAACAAGCAAAGUUGAACGCCGUCGCACCUGAAAUCUUGAUGAUCUCGGAAAGUUUGCAGCAGCAACCGGAAGAGAUCCCAUCAAAUCUCAACGAACAACAAUCUGUACUUGAAGAUCUCGAAUCAAAGAAGCAACGCCUCGAAAACCUCUUGCAGACCAUACCAGCCGGCGAUGCAACGGAGGAGUUGAGGCAAAAGAGCGCAUGGGAUUUGUCAAGACUGAAAGACCUUCUGAAGAGACUUGGCGACUCAGUCGGCGACAAGCUGGCUGCGUUAGCCGCUUUCAAUGCCGCACGCAAGGAUGCUGAAGAUCAGCUUCUUGCCAUCACUGGUCCUGUGUCUGAAGAGAAGACACCUGACGAACUGAAGAAGGACGAAGAAUCGUUAGCUAGAUUACAGCAAAAUAUCUCACAACUCAACCGUGAUGGUCUGGACGACGAACAGAGAGACGAACAUGCUCAACUGCUCGACCGUAUCAACAAGACACUUGAUGUUCUCAAGCAGCGUCGAAGUGCACUGGAGGACGAACUUUCUAAACGAGCAGCCGAACAACAACUGGCAGAUACCAUCACACCGAUAUCCACACGAUUAGUCCAACUUGUCAACGAUGCUAAUCGGCUGUUGGGAGAUGCAGAAGGAGUACCAGCACAAUAUAGACCAACUGCAGAAGAUUUGGCUGAUGAAUGCAAGAAGGCCGAAACUCUUCUGCAGGAUGCACCAAAAUCGCAUCCUUCUGUGCAAGCCCUCGAAGCAGUCCUAUCUCCCGCUCAAAGCAUGAUCCCUGUCUUGCAAGAACGCGCCAACAACUGGGAUGCAUUUGUGCGCAUAAGAGAAGAUGCGGACAUUGAACUGGACAAAUUGCGAAAGCCACUCGACGAAGUCUUGGCAAAACCAAGAAGAUCUACCAAUGACGCUAAGAAAGACUUCGAUGUUAUUUCUGAGGAGAGGAAAAAGACGAAUAUUCUCAACGACAAAGUUCGUCAACUUCAACAGCUUUCUGAACUUCUCGAUCCUCUUGAGAGCGCCUAUGCCGACGUUCGAUUCAUCGACGUUGACGCAGAACAGAUGGAGAAGCAGUAUGAUGACGUACUGAAUGAGAUGUCAUCUGAAAUCGAGGACGAGAAUCUGCUCUGUGACUCUGUAGAUCACUUCAACACCGAGAUGAAUUCUAUCUCUGAUCUGCUAUCCAAAGAGCCCACCAAAGAGAAUAUUGCAAAUGUCGAACAAUUCCAACUUCCGGCACUUCGAGCACAACUAGCGAUGCUGAAGGAGAAACAAGACGAGGCAAAUCAUGCUCGUAAGCAUGUGGAUCCAGACUCCUCUCGCUUCGCUGCCCUAGAAGAUCGUAUGAAGAGCCUUGACUCGAUGCUAGAAGAUGCCAAGAAAGCCACUGAGAAGGACGAACAGGAGCGUAUCAUCGUCAUGAUUACUGUACGACUCUCGCAACUUGAAACGCUUCCUCUCCAUGAGCUUACCGAAGAUUCACUGAAUGAGGUGGAGAACCAACUUCAGAAUCUUCCUAAGGACAAGGCUGAACAGCUACAGAAGCAAAUCGAGGACUUGCGAAAUGCCAAGAAGCAACAGGAUGACACUAUUCGUGACACUGCUCAACGCUUGGCACAAAUCGAAGAUGCAAUUGCUGCACUUCCAACAGCUCAAGACAUUCCGACACUCGAAGACAAACUUGCACGAAUGCGUGAAAUUCGCGAAAGUCUACUGAAUUUGCCGAUUACUGCUGAGAAGGAUGUUGACGAUAGGGCAGAGAAUGAUAGGAAGAAAGUCGACGAAAUGACGAAACAUGAUGAAGAACAACUUCAGAAUAUGUUGACUGAACGCGAUCUUCGCAACACUGCGGUUCAAUCGCUUGAUCAACUCGAACAAGACGUUGCGGACAUCGAACAAAGCUUGCCUGUUCCAUCGACAUCCUCUAAUGAUGUUAUAGCGUUCCAGCAGAAUAGAAUACCAAAACUGACAGCAAGAGUAGACGCGAUCGCUGACAUUCCUGCUGACUUACUGCCAAAGAAGGAAGAACUUUCGCAUAGAAUCGAUGACGUCAAUAAGAAAUUGGACGAUCAAGUUAAUGACCUGAAACGAUUCGAAGACAAGACCAUCGAACUACAGAAUGUUGUCGACGAGUGUCGUGGCAAGAUGAAGAAGCUAGAGUUACCAGAACCGAUCGAUACUGCUCAGAAAGAUGCUGAAGACCUGUCGGCAAUUCUAGCCACAAUCGAGGCAAUUCCUCAGGAAGAACUGUCGCCGCGAAAUCAACUGGCUCGUGAUGCAAGCACCAUCAAGCAACAGGCUAAGGAGCAACUUUCUACACUGCGAAAAGCUCUUGACGAUGAAGAAAAGGCUCGUGAAAGACAGGACGAGGUGAAGAACAGAUUGUCAGCCAUUGCCGACAGCCUAAACAAGGUUGAUCCGCAAAAUGUUGAAUCUGCGCAGCAGCUGGUUUCAAGCCUUGAGCCUGAACUGCAGAAGCUGACUGGCAUCGCUGACACAUGUAAUGAAUUCGCUAACACUUCAUCUCCUGUUGUGAGCCACGAUGAUCUCGACAAAACGCUUCCUGAUCAAGUACGGGAAUUGCAGAAGAAGUGUGAAGAUGUGAAGACAAAGGCCGAACAACAAGCAAAGUUAAACGCCGUCGCACCUGAAAUCUUGAUGAUCUCGGAAAGUUUGCAGCAGCAACCGGAAGAGAUCCCAUCAAAUCUCAACGAACAACAAUCUGUACUUGAAGAUCUCGAAUCAAAGAAGCAACGCCUCGAAAACCUCUUGCAGACCAUACCAGCCGGCGAUGCAACGGAGGAGUUGAGGCAAAAGAGCGCAUGGGAUUUGUCAAGACUGAAAGACCUUCUGAAGAGACUUGGCGACUCAGUCGGCGACAAGCUGGCUGCGUUAGCCGCUUUCAAUGCCGCACGCAAGGAUGCUGAAGAUCAGCUUCUUGCCAUCACUGGUCCUGUGUCUGAAGAGAAGACACCUGACGAACUGAAGAAGGACGAAGAAUCGUUAGCUAGAUUACAGCAAAAUAUCUCACAACUCAACCGUGAUGGUCUGGACGACGAACAGAGAGACGAACAUGCUCAACUGCUCGACCGUAUCAACAAGACACUUGAUGUUCUCAAGCAGCGUCGAAGUGCACUGGAGGACGAACUUUCUAAACGAGCAGCCGAACAACAACUGGCAGAUACCAUCACACCGAUAUCCACACGAUUAGUCCAACUUGUCAACGAUGCUAAUCGGCUGUUGGGAGAUGCAGAAGGAGUACCAGCACAAUAUAGACCAACUGCAGAAGAUUUGGCUGAUGAAUGCAAGAAGGCCGAAACUCUUCUGCAGGAUGCACCAAAAUCGCAUCCUUCUGUGCAAGCCCUCGAAGCAGUCCUAUCUCCCGCUCAAAGCAUGAUCCCUGUCUUGCAAGAACGCGCCAACAACUGGGAUGCAUUUGUGCGCAUAAGAGAAGAAGCGGACAUUGAACUGGACAAAUUGCGAAAGCCACUCGACGAAGUCUUGGCAAAACCAAGAAGAUCUACCAAUGACGCUAAGAAAGACUUCGAUGUUAUUUCUGAGGAGAGGAAAAAGACGAAUAUUCUCAACGACAAAGUUCGUCAACUUCAACAGCUUUCUGAACUUCUCGAUCCUCUUGAGAGCGCCUAUGCCGACGUUCGAUUCAUCGACGUUGACGCAGAACAGAUGGAGAAGCAGUAUGAUGACGUACUGAAUGAGAUGUCAUCUGAAAUCGAGGACGAGAAUCUGCUCUGUGACUCUGUAGAUCACUUCAACACCGAGAUGAAUUCUAUCUCUGAUCUGCUAUCCAAAGAGCCCACCAAAGAGAAUAUUGCAAAUGUCGAACAAUUCCAACUUCCGGCACUUCGAGCACAACUAGCGAUGCUGAAGGAGAAACAAGACGAGGCAAAUCAUGCUCGUAAGCAUGUGGAUCCAGACUCCUCUCGCUUCGCUGCCCUAGAAGAUCGUAUGAAGAGCCUUGACUCGAUGCUAGAAGAUGCCAAGAAAGCCACUGAGAAGGACGAACAGGAGCGUAUCAUCGUCAUGAUUACUGUACGACUCUCGCAACUUGAAACGCUUCCUCUCCAUGAGCUUACCGAAGAUUCACUGAAUGAGGUGGAGAACCAACUUCAGAAUCUUCCUAAGGACAAGGCUGAACAGCUACAGAAGCAAAUCGAGGACUUGCGAAAUGCCAAGAAGCAACAGGAUGACACUAUUCGUGACACUGCUCAACGCUUGGCACAAAUCGAAGAUGCAAUUGCUGCACUUCCAACAGCUCAAGACAUUCCGACACUCGAAGACAAACUUGCACGAAUGCGUGAAAUUCGCGAAAGUCUACUGAAUUUGCCGAUUACUGCUGAGAAGGAUGUUGACGAUAGGGCAGAGAAUGAUAGGAAGAAAGUCGACGAAAUGACGAAACAUGAUGAAGAACAACUUCAGAAUAUGUUGACUGAACGCGAUCUUCGCAACACUGCGGUUCAAUCGCUUGAUCAACUCGAACAAGACGUUGCGGACAUCGAACAAAGCUUGCCUGUUCCAUCGACAUCCUCUAAUGAUGUUAUAGCGUUCCAGCAGAAUAGAAUACCAAAACUGACAGCAAGAGUAGACGCGAUCGCUGACAUUCCUGCUGACUUACUGCCAAAGAAGGAAGAACUUUCGCAUAGAAUCGAUGACGUCAAUAAGAAAUUGGACGAUCAAGUUAAUGACCUGAAACGAUUCGAAGACAAGACCAUCGAACUACAGAAUGUUGUCGACGAGUGUCGUGGCAAGAUGAAGAAGCUAGAGUUACCAGAACCGAUCGAUACUGCUCAGAAAGAUGCUGAAGACCUGUCGGCAAUUCUAGCCACAAUCGAGGCAAUUCCUCAGGAAGAACUGUCGCCGCGAAAUCAACUGGCUCGUGAUGCAAGCACCAUCAAGCAACAGGCUAAGGAGCAACUUUCUACACUGCGAAAAGCUCUUGACGAUGAAGAAAAGGCUCGUGAAAGACAGGACGAGGUGAAGAACAGAUUGUCAGCCAUUGCCGACAGCCUAAACAAGGUUGAUCCGCAAAAUGUUGAAUCUGCGCAGCAGCUGGUUUCAAGCCUUGAGCCUGAACUGCAGAAGCUGACUGGCAUCGCUGACACAUGUAAUGAAUUCGCUAACACUUCAUCUCCUGUUGUGAGCCACGAUGAUCUCGACAAAACGCUUCCUGAUCAAGUACGGGAAUUGCAGAAGAAGUGUGAAGAUGUGAAGACAAAGGCCGAACAACAAGCAAAGUUGAACGCCGUCGCACCUGAAAUCUUGAUGAUCUCGGAAAGUUUGCAGCAGCAACCGGAAGAGAUCCCAUCAAAUCUCAACGAACAACAAUCUGUACUUGAAGAUCUCGAAUCAAAGAAGCAACGCCUCGAAAACCUCUUGCAGACCAUACCAGCCGGCGAUGCAACGGAGGAGUUGAGGCAAAAGAGCGCAUGGGAUUUGUCAAGACUGAAAGACCUUCUGAAGAGACUUGGCGACUCAGUCGGCGACAAGCUGGCUGCGUUAGCCGCUUUCAAUGCCGCACGCAAGGAUGCUGAAGAUCAGCUUCUUGCCAUCACUGGUCCUGUGUCUGAAGAGAAGACACCUGACGAACUGAAGAAGGACGAAGAAUCGUUAGCUAGAUUACAGCAAAAUAUCUCACAACUCAACCGUGAUGGUCUGGACGACGAACAGAGAGACGAACAUGCUCAACUGCUCGACCGUAUCAACAAGACACUUGAUGUUCUCAAGCAGCGUCGAAGUGCACUGGAGGACGAACUUUCUAAACGAGCAGCCGAACAACAACUGGCAGAUACCAUCACACCGAUAUCCACACGAUUAGUCCAACUUGUCAACGAUGCUAAUCGGCUGUUGGGAGAUGCAGAAGGAGUACCAGCACAAUAUAGACCAACUGCAGAAGAUUUGGCUGAUGAAUGCAAGAAGGCCGAAACUCUUCUGCAGGAUGCACCAAAAUCGCAUCCUUCUGUGCAAGCCCUCGAAGCAGUCCUAUCUCCCGCUCAAAGCAUGAUCCCUGUCUUGCAAGAACGCGCCAACAACUGGGAUGCAUUUGUGCGCAUAAGAGAAGAAGCGGACAUUGAACUGGACAAAUUGCGAAAGCCACUCGACGAAGUCUUGGCAAAACCAAGAAGAUCUACCAAUGACGCUAAGAAAGACUUCGAUGUUAUUUCUGAGGAGAGGAAAAAGACGAAUAUUCUCAACGACAAAGUUCGUCAACUUCAACAGCUUUCUGAACUUCUCGAUCCUCUUGAGAGCGCCUAUGCCGACGUUCGAUUCAUCGACGUUGACGCAGAACAGAUGGAGAAGCAGUAUGAUGACGUACUGAAUGAGAUGUCAUCUGAAAUCGAGGACGAGAAUCUGCUCUGUGACUCUGUAGAUCACUUCAACACCGAGAUGAAUUCUAUCUCUGAUCUGCUAUCCAAAGAGCCCACCAAAGAGAAUAUUGCAAAUGUCGAACAAUUCCAACUUCCGGCACUUCGAGCACAACUAGCGAUGCUGAAGGAGAAACAAGACGAGGCAAAUCAUGCUCGUAAGCAUGUGGAUCCAGACUCCUCUCGCUUCGCUGCCCUAGAAGAUCGUAUGAAGAGCCUUGACUCGAUGCUAGAAGAUGCCAAGAAAGCCACUGAGAAGGACGAACAGGAGCGUAUCAUCGUCAUGAUUACUGUACGACUCUCGCAACUUGAAACGCUUCCUCUCCAUGAGCUUACCGAAGAUUCACUGAAUGAGGUGGAGAACCAACUUCAGAAUCUUCCUAAGGACAAGGCUGAACAGCUACAGAAGCAAAUCGAGGACUUGCGAAAUGCCAAGAAGCAACAGGAUGACACUAUUCGUGACACUGCUCAACGCUUGGCACAAAUCGAAGAUGCAAUUGCUGCACUUCCAACAGCUCAAGACAUUCCGACACUCGAAGACAAACUUGCACGAAUGCGUGAAAUUCGCGAAAGUCUACUGAAUUUGCCGAUUACUGCUGAGAAGGAUGUUGACGAUAGGGCAGAGAAUGAUAGGAAGAAAGUCGACGAAAUGACGAAACAUGAUGAAGAACAACUUCAGAAUAUGUUGACUGAACGCGAUCUUCGCAACACUGCGGUUCAAUCGCUUGAUCAACUCGAACAAGACGUUGCGGACAUCGAACAAAGCUUGCCUGUUCCAUCGACAUCCUCUAAUGAUGUUAUAGCGUUCCAGCAGAAUAGAAUACCAAAACUGACAGCAAGAGUAGACGCGAUCGCUGACAUUCCUGCUGACUUACUGCCAAAGAAGGAAGAACUUUCGCAUAGAAUCGAUGACGUCAAUAAGAAAUUGGACGAUCAAGUUAAUGACCUGAAACGAUUCGAAGACAAGACCAUCGAACUACAGAAUGUUGUCGACGAGUGUCGUGGCAAGAUGAAGAAGCUAGAGUUACCAGAACCGAUCGAUACUGCUCAGAAAGAUGCUGAAGACCUGUCGGCAAUUCUAGCCACAAUCGAGGCAAUUCCUCAGGAAGAACUGUCGCCGCGAAAUCAACUGGCUCGUGAUGCAAGCACCAUCAAGCAACAGGCUAAGGAGCAACUUUCUACACUGCGAAAAGCUCUUGACGAUGAAGAAAAGGCUCGUGAAAGACAGGACGAGGUGAAGAACAGAUUGUCAGCCAUUGCCGACAGCCUAAACAAGGUUGAUCCGCAAAAUGUUGAAUCUGCGCAGCAGCUGGUUUCAAGCCUUGAGCCUGAACUGCAGAAGCUGACUGGCAUCGCUGACACAUGUAAUGAAUUCGCUAACACUUCAUCUCCUGUUGUGAGCCACGAUGAUCUCGACAAAACGCUUCCUGAUCAAGUACGGGAAUUGCAGAAGAAGUGUGAAGAUGUGAAGACAAAGGCCGAACAACAAGCAAAGUUGAACGCCGUCGCACCUGAAAUCUUGAUGAUCUCGGAAAGUUUGCAGCAGCAACCGGAAGAGAUCCCAUCAAAUCUCAACGAACAACAAUCUGUACUUGAAGAUCUCGAAUCAAAGAAGCAACGCCUCGAAAACCUCUUGCAGACCAUACCAGCCGGCGAUGCAACGGAGGAGUUGAGGCAAAAGAGCGCAUGGGAUUUGUCAAGACUGAAAGACCUUCUGAAGAGACUUGGCGACUCAGUCGGCGACAAGCUGGCUGCGUUAGCCGCUUUCAAUGCCGCACGCAAGGAUGCUGAAGAUCAGCUUCUUGCCAUCACUGGUCCUGUGUCUGAAGAGAAGACACCUGACGAACUGAAGAAGGACGAAGAAUCGUUAGCUAGAUUACAGCAAAAUAUCUCACAACUCAACCGUGAUGGUCUGGACGACGAACAGAGAGACGAACAUGCUCAACUGCUCGACCGUAUCAACAAGACACUUGAUGUUCUCAAGCAGCGUCGAAGUGCACUGGAGGACGAACUUUCUAAACGAGCAGCCGAACAACAACUGGCAGAUACCAUCACACCGAUAUCCACACGAUUAGUCCAACUUGUCAACGAUGCUAAUCGGCUGUUGGGAGAUGCAGAAGGAGUACCAGCACAAUAUAGACCAACUGCAGAAGAUUUGGCUGAUGAAUGCAAGAAGGCCGAAACUCUUCUGCAGGAUGCACCAAAAUCGCAUCCUUCUGUGCAAGCCCUCGAAGCAGUCCUAUCUCCCGCUCAAAGCAUGAUCCCUGUCUUGCAAGAACGCGCCAACAACUGGGAUGCAUUUGUGCGCAUAAGAGAAGAAGCGGACAUUGAACUGGACAAAUUGCGAAAGCCACUCGACGAAGUCUUGGCAAAACCAAGAAGAUCUACCAAUGACGCUAAGAAAGACUUCGAUGUUAUUUCUGAGGAGAGGAAAAAGACGAAUAUUCUCAACGACAAAGUUCGUCAACUUCAACAGCUUUCUGAACUUCUCGAUCCUCUUGAGAGCGCCUAUGCCGACGUUCGAUUCAUCGACGUUGACGCAGAACAGAUGGAGAAGCAGUAUGAUGACGUACUGAAUGAGAUGUCAUCUGAAAUCGAGGACGAGAAUCUGCUCUGUGACUCUGUAGAUCACUUCAACACCGAGAUGAAUUCUAUCUCUGAUCUGCUAUCCAAAGAGCCCACCAAAGAGAAUAUUGCAAAUGUCGAACAAUUCCAACUUCCGGCACUUCGAGCACAACUAGCGAUGCUGAAGGAGAAACAAGACGAGGCAAAUCAUGCUCGUAAGCAUGUGGAUCCAGACUCCUCUCGCUUCGCUGCCCUAGAAGAUCGUAUGAAGAGCCUUGACUCGAUGCUAGAAGAUGCCAAGAAAGCCACUGAGAAGGACGAACAGGAGCGUAUCAUCGUCAUGAUUACUGUACGACUCUCGCAACUUGAAACGCUUCCUCUCCAUGAGCUUACCGAAGAUUCACUGAAUGAGGUGGAGAACCAACUUCAGAAUCUUCCUAAGGACAAGGCUGAACAGCUACAGAAGCAAAUCGAGGACUUGCGAAAUGCCAAGAAGCAACAGGAUGACACUAUUCGUGACACUGCUCAACGCUUGGCACAAAUCGAAGAUGCAAUUGCUGCACUUCCAACAGCUCAAGACAUUCCGACACUCGAAGACAAACUUGCACGAAUGCGUGAAAUUCGCGAAAGUCUACUGAAUUUGCCGAUUACUGCUGAGAAGGAUGUUGACGAUAGGGCAGAGAAUGAUAGGAAGAAAGUCGACGAAAUGACGAAACAUGAUGAAGAACAACUUCAGAAUAUGUUGACUGAACGCGAUCUUCGCAACACUGCGGUUCAAUCGCUUGAUCAACUCGAACAAGACGUUGCGGACAUCGAACAAAGCUUGCCUGUUCCAUCGACAUCCUCUAAUGAUGUUAUAGCGUUCCAGCAGAAUAGAAUACCAAAACUGACAGCAAGAGUAGACGCGAUCGCUGACAUUCCUGCUGACUUACUGCCAAAGAAGGAAGAACUUUCGCAUAGAAUCGAUGACGUCAAUAAGAAAUUGGACGAUCAAGUUAAUGACCUGAAACGAUUCGAAGACAAGACCAUCGAACUACAGAAUGUUGUCGACGAGUGUCGUGGCAAGAUGAAGAAGCUAGAGUUACCAGAACCGAUCGAUACUGCUCAGAAAGAUGCUGAAGACCUGUCGGCAAUUCUAGCCACAAUCGAGGCAAUUCCUCAGGAAGAACUGUCGCCGCGAAAUCAACUGGCUCGUGAUGCAAGCACCAUCAAGCAACAGGCUAAGGAGCAACUUUCUACACUGCGAAAAGCUCUUGACGAUGAAGAAAAGGCUCGUGAAAGACAGGACGAGGUGAAGAACAGAUUGUCAGCCAUUGCCGACAGCCUAAACAAGGUUGAUCCGCAAAAUGUUGAAUCUGCGCAGCAGCUGGUUUCAAGCCUUGAGCCUGAACUGCAGAAGCUGACUGGCAUCGCUGACACAUGUAAUGAAUUCGCUAACACUUCAUCUCCUGUUGUGAGCCACGAUGAUCUCGACAAAACGCUUCCUGAUCAAGUACGGGAAUUGCAGAAGAAGUGUGAAGAUGUGAAGACAAAGGCCGAACAACAAGCAAAGUUGAACGCCGUCGCACCUGAAAUCUUGAUGAUCUCGGAAAGUUUGCAGCAGCAACCGGAAGAGAUCCCAUCAAAUCUCAACGAACAACAAUCUGUACUUGAAGAUCUCGAAUCAAAGAAGCAACGCCUCGAAAACCUCUUGCAGACCAUACCAGCCGGCGAUGCAACGGAGGAGUUGAGGCAAAAGAGCGCAUGGGAUUUGUCAAGACUGAAAGACCUUCUGAAGAGACUUGGCGACUCAGUCGGCGACAAGCUGGCUGCGUUAGCCGCUUUCAAUGCCGCACGCAAGGAUGCUGAAGAUCAGCUUCUUGCCAUCACUGGUCCUGUGUCUGAAGAGAAGACACCUGACGAACUGAAGAAGGACGAAGAAUCGUUAGCUAGAUUACAGCAAAAUAUCUCACAACUCAACCGUGAUGGUCUGGACGACGAACAGAGAGACGAACAUGCUCAACUGCUCGACCGUAUCAACAAGACACUUGAUGUUCUCAAGCAGCGUCGAAGUGCACUGGAGGACGAACUUUCUAAACGAGCAGCCGAACAACAACUGGCAGAUACCAUCACACCGAUAUCCACACGAUUAGUCCAACUUGUCAACGAUGCUAAUCGGCUGUUGGGAGAUGCAGAAGGAGUACCAGCACAAUAUAGACCAACUGCAGAAGAUUUGGCUGAUGAAUGCAAGAAGGCCGAAACUCUUCUGCAGGAUGCACCAAAAUCGCAUCCUUCUGUGCAAGCCCUCGAAGCAGUCCUAUCUCCCGCUCAAAGCAUGAUCCCUGUCUUGCAAGAACGCGCCAACAACUGGGAUGCAUUUGUGCGCAUAAGAGAAGAAGCGGACAUUGAACUGGACAAAUUGCGAAAGCCACUCGACGAAGUCUUGGCAAAACCAAGAAGAUCUACCAAUGACGCUAAGAAAGACUUCGAUGUUAUUUCUGAGGAGAGGAAAAAGACGAAUAUUCUCAACGACAAAGUUCGUCAACUUCAACAGCUUUCUGAACUUCUCGAUCCUCUUGAGAGCGCCUAUGCCGACGUUCGAUUCAUCGACGUUGACGCAGAACAGAUGGAGAAGCAGUAUGAUGACGUACUGAAUGAGAUGUCAUCUGAAAUCGAGGACGAGAAUCUGCUCUGUGACUCUGUAGAUCACUUCAACACCGAGAUGAAUUCUAUCUCUGAUCUGCUAUCCAAAGAGCCCACCAAAGAGAAUAUUGCAAAUGUCGAACAAUUCCAACUUCCGGCACUUCGAGCACAACUAGCGAUGCUGAAGGAGAAACAAGACGAGGCAAAUCAUGCUCGUAAGCAUGUGGAUCCAGACUCCUCUCGCUUCGCUGCCCUAGAAGAUCGUAUGAAGAGCCUUGACUCGAUGCUAGAAGAUGCCAAGAAAGCCACUGAGAAGGACGAACAGGAGCGUAUCAUCGUCAUGAUUACUGUACGACUCUCGCAACUUGAAACGCUUCCUCUCCAUGAGCUUACCGAAGAUUCACUGAAUGAGGUGGAGAACCAACUUCAGAAUCUUCCUAAGGACAAGGCUGAACAGCUACAGAAGCAAAUCGAGGACUUGCGAAAUGCCAAGAAGCAACAGGAUGACACUAUUCGUGACACUGCUCAACGCUUGGCACAAAUCGAAGAUGCAAUUGCUGCACUUCCAACAGCUCAAGACAUUCCGACACUCGAAGACAAACUUGCACGAAUGCGUGAAAUUCGCGAAAGUCUACUGAAUUUGCCGAUUACUGCUGAGAAGGAUGUUGACGAUAGGGCAGAGAAUGAUAGGAAGAAAGUCGACGAAAUGACGAAACAUGAUGAAGAACAACUUCAGAAUAUGUUGACUGAACGCGAUCUUCGCAACACUGCGGUUCAAUCGCUUGAUCAACUCGAACAAGACGUUGCGGACAUCGAACAAAGCUUGCCUGUUCCAUCGACAUCCUCUAAUGAUGUUAUAGCGUUCCAGCAGAAUAGAAUACCAAAACUGACAGCAAGAGUAGACGCGAUCGCUGACAUUCCUGCUGACUUACUGCCAAAGAAGGAAGAACUUUCGCAUAGAAUCGAUGACGUCAAUAAGAAAUUGGACGAUCAAGUUAAUGACCUGAAACGAUUCGAAGACAAGACCAUCGAACUACAGAAUGUUGUCGACGAGUGUCGUGGCAAGAUGAAGAAGCUAGAGUUACCAGAACCGAUCGAUACUGCUCAGAAAGAUGCUGAAGACCUGUCGGCAAUUCUAGCCACAAUCGAGGCAAUUCCUCAGGAAGAACUGUCGCCGCGAAAUCAACUGGCUCGUGAUGCAAGCACCAUCAAGCAACAGGCUAAGGAGCAACUUUCUACACUGCGAAAAGCUCUUGACGAUGAAGAAAAGGCUCGUGAAAGACAGGACGAGGUGAAGAACAGAUUGUCAGCCAUUGCCGACAGCCUAAACAAGGUUGAUCCGCAAAAUGUUGAAUCUGCGCAGCAGCUGGUUUCAAGCCUUGAGCCUGAACUGCAGAAGCUGACUGGCAUCGCUGACACAUGUAAUGAAUUCGCUAACACUUCAUCUCCUGUUGUGAGCCACGAUGAUCUCGACAAAACGCUUCCUGAUCAAGUACGGGAAUUGCAGAAGAAGUGUGAAGAUGUGAAGACAAAGGCCGAACAACAAGCAAAGUUGAACGCCGUCGCACCUGAAAUCUUGAUGAUCUCGGAAAGUUUGCAGCAGCAACCGGAAGAGAUCCCAUCAAAUCUCAACGAACAACAAUCUGUACUUGAAGAUCUCGAAUCAAAGAAGCAACGCCUCGAAAACCUCUUGCAGACCAUACCAGCCGGCGAUGCAACGGAGGAGUUGAGGCAAAAGAGCGCAUGGGAUUUGUCAAGACUGAAAGACCUUCUGAAGAGACUUGGCGACUCAGUCGGCGACAAGCUGGCUGCGCUAGCCGCUUUCAAUGCCGCACGCAAGGAUGCUGAAGAUCAGCUUCUUGCCAUCACUGGUCCUGUGUCUGAAGAGAAGACACCUGACGAACUGAAGAAGGACGAAGAAUCGUUAGCUAGAUUACAGCAAAAUAUCUCACAACUCAACCGUGAUGGUCUGGACGACGAACAGAGAGACGAACAUGCUCAACUGCUCGACCGUAUCAACAAGACACUUGAUGUUCUCAAGCAGCGUCGAAGUGCACUGGAGGACGAACUUUCUAAACGAGCAGCCGAACAACAACUGGCAGAUACCAUCACACCGAUAUCCACACGAUUAGUCCAACUUGUCAACGAUGCUAAUCGGCUGUUGGGAGAUGCAGAAGGAGUACCAGCACAAUAUAGACCAACUGCAGAAGAUUUGGCUGAUGAAUGCAAGAAGGCCGAAACUCUUCUGCAGGAUGCACCAAAAUCGCAUCCUUCUGUGCAAGCCCUCGAAGCAGUCCUAUCUCCCGCUCAAAGCAUGAUCCCUGUCUUGCAAGAACGCGCCAACAACUGGGAUGCAUUUGUGCGCAUAAGAGAAGAAGCGGACAUUGAACUGGACAAAUUGCGAAAGCCACUCGACGAAGUCUUGGCAAAACCAAGAAGAUCUACCAAUGACGCUAAGAAAGACUUCGAUGUUAUUUCUGAGGAGAGGAAAAAGACGAAUAUUCUCAACGACAAAGUUCGUCAACUUCAACAGCUUUCUGAACUUCUCGAUCCUCUUGAGAGCGCCUAUGCCGACGUUCGAUUCAUCGACGUUGACGCAGAACAGAUGGAGAAGCAGUAUGAUGACGUACUGAAUGAGAUGUCAUCUGAAAUCGAGGACGAGAAUCUGCUCUGUGACUCUGUAGAUCACUUCAACACCGAGAUGAAUUCUAUCUCUGAUCUGCUAUCCAAAGAGCCCACCAAAGAGAAUAUUGCAAAUGUCGAACAAUUCCAACUUCCGGCACUUCGAGCACAACUAGCGAUGCUGAAGGAGAAACAAGACGAGGCAAAUCAUGCUCGUAAGCAUGUGGAUCCAGACUCCUCUCGCUUCGCUGCCCUAGAAGAUCGUAUGAAGAGCCUUGACUCGAUGCUAGAAGAUGCCAAGAAAGCCACUGAGAAGGACGAACAGGAGCGUAUCAUCGUCAUGAUUACUGUACGACUCUCGCAACUUGAAACGCUUCCUCUCCAUGAGCUUACCGAAGAUUCACUGAAUGAGGUGGAGAACCAACUUCAGAAUCUUCCUAAGGACAAGGCUGAACAGCUACAGAAGCAAAUCGAGGACUUGCGAAAUGCCAAGAAGCAACAGGAUGACACUAUUCGUGACACUGCUCAACGCUUGGCACAAAUCGAAGAUGCAAUUGCUGCACUUCCAACAGCUCAAGACAUUCCGACACUCGAAGACAAACUUGCACGAAUGCGUGAAAUUCGCGAAAGUCUACUGAAUUUGCCGAUUACUGCUGAGAAGGAUGUUGACGAUAGGGCAGAGAAUGAUAGGAAGAAAGUCGACGAAAUGACGAAACAUGAUGAAGAACAACUUCAGAAUAUGUUGACUGAACGCGAUCUUCGCAACACUGCGGUUCAAUCGCUUGAUCAACUCGAACAAGACGUUGCGGACAUCGAACAAAGCUUGCCUGUUCCAUCGACAUCCUCUAAUGAUGUUAUAGCGUUCCAGCAGAAUAGAAUACCAAAACUGACAGCAAGAGUAGACGCGAUCGCUGACAUUCCUGCUGACUUACUGCCAAAGAAGGAAGAACUUUCGCAUAGAAUCGAUGACGUCAAUAAGAAAUUGGACGAUCAAGUUAAUGACCUGAAACGAUUCGAAGACAAGACCAUCGAACUACAGAAUGUUGUCGACGAGUGUCGUGGCAAGAUGAAGAAGCUAGAGUUACCAGAACCGAUCGAUACUGCUCAGAAAGAUGCUGAAGACCUGUCGGCAAUUCUAGCCACAAUCGAGGCAAUUCCUCAGGAAGAACUGUCGCCGCGAAAUCAACUGGCUCGUGAUGCAAGCACCAUCAAGCAACAGGCUAAGGAGCAACUUUCUACACUGCGAAAAGCUCUUGACGAUGAAGAAAAGGCUCGUGAAAGACAGGACGAGGUGAAGAACAGAUUGUCAGCCAUUGCCGACAGCCUAAACAAGGUUGAUCCGCAAAAUGUUGAAUCUGCGCAGCAGCUGGUUUCAAGCCUUGAGCCUGAACUGCAGAAGCUGACUGGCAUCGCUGACACAUGUAAUGAAUUCGCUAACACUUCAUCUCCUGUUGUGAGCCACGAUGAUCUCGACAAAACGCUUCCUGAUCAAGUACGGGAAUUGCAGAAGAAGUGUGAAGAUGUGAAGACAAAGGCCGAACAACAAGCAAAGUUGAACGCCGUCGCACCUGAAAUCUUGAUGAUCUCGGAAAGUUUGCAGCAGCAACCGGAAGAGAUCCCAUCAAAUCUCAACGAACAACAAUCUGUACUUGAAGAUCUCGAAUCAAAGAAGCAACGCCUCGAAAACCUCUUGCAGACCAUACCAGCCGGCGAUGCAACGGAGGAGUUGAGGCAAAAGAGCGCAUGGGAUUUGUCAAGACUGAAAGACCUUCUGAAGAGACUUGGCGACUCAGUCGGCGACAAGCUGGCUGCGUUAGCCGCUUUCAAUGCCGCACGCAAGGAUGCUGAAGAUCAGCUUCUUGCCAUCACUGGUCCUAUGUCUGAAGAGAAGACACCUGACGAACUGAAGAAGGACGAAGAAUCGUUAGCUAGAUUACAGCAAAAUAUCUCACAACUCAACCGUGAUGGUCUGGACGACGAACAGAGAGACGAACAUGCUCAACUGCUCGACCGUAUCAACAAGACACUUGAUGUUCUCAAGCAGCGUCGAAGUGCACUGGAGGACGAACUUUCUAAACGAGCAGCCGAACAACAACUGGCAGAUACCAUCACACCGAUAUCCACACGAUUAGUCCAACUUGUCAACGAUGCUAAUCGGCUGUUGGGAGAUGCAGAAGGAGUACCAGCACAAUAUAGACCAACUGCAGAAGAUUUGGCUGAUGAAUGCAAGAAGGCCGAAACUCUUCUGCAGGAUGCACCAAAAUCGCAUCCUUCUGUGCAAGCCCUCGAAGCAGUCCUAUCUCCCGCUCAAAGCAUGAUCCCUGUCUUGCAAGAACGCGCCAACAACUGGGAUGCAUUUGUGCGCAUAAGAGAAGAAGCGGACAUUGAACUGGACAAAUUGCGAAAGCCACUCGACGAAGUCUUGGCAAAACCAAGAAGAUCUACCAAUGACGCUAAGAAAGACUUCGAUGUUAUUUCUGAGGAGAGGAAAAAGACGAAUAUUCUCAACGACAAAGUUCGUCAACUUCAACAGCUUUCUGAACUUCUCGAUCCUCUUGAGAGCGCCUAUGCCGACGUUCGAUUCAUCGACGUUGACGCAGAACAGAUGGAGAAGCAGUAUGAUGACGUACUGAAUGAGAUGUCAUCUGAAAUCGAGGACGAGAAUCUGCUCUGUGACUCUGUAGAUCACUUCAACACCGAGAUGAAUUCUAUCUCUGAUCUGCUAUCCAAAGAGCCCACCAAAGAGAAUAUUGCAAAUGUCGAACAAUUCCAACUUCCGGCACUUCGAGCACAACUAGCGAUGCUGAAGGAGAAACAAGACGAGGCAAAUCAUGCUCGUAAGCAUGUGGAUCCAGACUCCUCUCGCUUCGCUGCCCUAGAAGAUCGUAUGAAGAGCCUUGACUCGAUGCUAGAAGAUGCCAAGAAAGCCACUGAGAAGGACGAACAGGAGCGUAUCAUCGUCAUGAUUACUGUACGACUCUCGCAACUUGAAACGCUUCCUCUCCAUGAGCUUACCGAAGAUUCACUGAAUGAGGUGGAGAACCAACUUCAGAAUCUUCCUAAGGACAAGGCUGAACAGCUACAGAAGCAAAUCGAGGACUUGCGAAAUGCCAAGAAGCAACAGGAUGACACUAUUCGUGACACUGCUCAACGCUUGGCACAAAUCGAAGAUGCAAUUGCUGCACUUCCAACAGCUCAAGACAUUCCGACACUCGAAGACAAACUUGCACGAAUGCGUGAAAUUCGCGAAAGUCUACUGAAUUUGCCGAUUACUGCUGAGAAGGAUGUUGACGAUAGGGCAGAGAAUGAUAGGAAGAAAGUCGACGAAAUGACGAAACAUGAUGAAGAACAACUUCAGAAUAUGUUGACUGAACGCGAUCUUCGCAACACUGCGGUUCAAUCGCUUGAUCAACUCGAACAAGACGUUGCGGACAUCGAACAAAGCUUGCCUGUUCCAUCGACAUCCUCUAAUGAUGUUAUAGCGUUCCAGCAGAAUAGAAUACCAAAACUGACAGCAAGAGUAGACGCGAUCGCUGACAUUCCUGCUGACUUACUGCCAAAGAAGGAAGAACUUUCGCAUAGAAUCGAUGACGUCAAUAAGAAAUUGGACGAUCAAGUUAAUGACCUGAAACGAUUCGAAGACAAGACCAUCGAACUACAGAAUGUUGUCGACGAGUGUCGUGGCAAGAUGAAGAAGCUAGAGUUACCAGAACCGAUCGAUACUGCUCAGAAAGAUGCUGAAGACCUGUCGGCAAUUCUAGCCACAAUCGAGGCAAUUCCUCAGGAAGAACUGUCGCCGCGAAAUCAACUGGCUCGUGAUGCAAGCACCAUCAAGCAACAGGCUAAGGAGCAACUUUCUACACUGCGAAAAGCUCUUGACGAUGAAGAAAAGGCUCGUGAAAGACAGGACGAGGUGAAGAACAGAUUGUCAGCCAUUGCCGACAGCCUAAACAAGGUUGAUCCGCAAAAUGUUGAAUCUGCGCAGCAGCUGGUUUCAAGCCUUGAGCCUGAACUGCAGAAGCUGACUGGCAUCGCUGACACAUGUAAUGAAUUCGCUAACACUUCAUCUCCUGUUGUGAGCCACGAUGAUCUCGACAAAACGCUUCCUGAUCAAGUACGGGAAUUGCAGAAGAAGUGUGAAGAUGUGAAGACAAAGGCCGAACAACAAGCAAAGUUGAACGCCGUCGCACCUGAAAUCUUGAUGAUCUCGGAAAGUUUGCAGCAGCAACCGGAAGAGAUCCCAUCAAAUCUCAACGAACAACAAUCUGUACUUGAAGAUCUCGAAUCAAAGAAGCAACGCCUCGAAAACCUCUUGCAGACCAUACCAGCCGGCGAUGCAACGGAGGAGUUGAGGCAAAAGAGCGCAUGGGAUUUGUCAAGACUGAAAGACCUUCUGAAGAGACUUGGCGACUCAGUCGGCGACAAGCUGGCUGCGUUAGCCGCUUUCAAUGCCGCACGCAAGGAUGCUGAAGAUCAGCUUCUUGCCAUCACUGGUCCUGUGUCUGAAGAGAAGACACCUGACGAACUGAAGAAGGACGAAGAAUCGUUAGCUAGAUUACAGCAAAAUAUCUCACAACUCAACCGUGAUGGUCUGGACGACGAACAGAGAGACGAACAUGCUCAACUGCUCGACCGUAUCAACAAGACACUUGAUGUUCUCAAGCAGCGUCGAAGUGCACUGGAGGACGAACUUUCUAAACGAGCAGCCGAACAACAACUGGCAGAUACCAUCACACCGAUAUCCACACGAUUAGUCCAACUUGUCAACGAUGCUAAUCGGCUGUUGGGAGAUGCAGAAGGAGUACCAGCACAAUAUAGACCAACUGCAGAAGAUUUGGCUGAUGAAUGCAAGAAGGCCGAAACUCUUCUGCAGGAUGCACCAAAAUCGCAUCCUUCUGUGCAAGCCCUCGAAGCAGUCCUACCUCUCGCUCAAAGCAUGAUCCCUGUCUUGCAAGAACGCGCCAACAACUGGGAUGCAUUUGUGCGCAUAAGAGAAGAAGCGGACAUUGAACUGGACAAAUUGCGAAAGCCACUCGACGAAGUCUUGGCAAAACCAAGAAGAUCUACCAAUGACGCUAAGAAAGACUUCGAUGUUAUUUCUGAGGAGAGGAAAAAGACGAAUAUUCUCAACGACAAAGUUCGUCAACUUCAACAGCUUUCUGAACUUCUCGAUCCUCUUGAGAGCGCCUAUGCCGACGUUCGAUUCAUCGACGUUGACGCAGAACAGAUGGAGAAGCAGUAUGAUGACGUACUGAAUGAGAUGUCAUCUGAAAUCGAGGACGAGAAUCUGCUCUGUGACUCUGUAGAUCACUUCAACACCGAGAUGAAUUCUAUCUCUGAUCUGCUAUCCAAAGAGCCCACCAAAGAGAAUAUUGCAAAUGUCGAACAAUUCCAACUUCCGGCACUUCGAGCACAACUAGCGAUGCUGAAGGAGAAACAAGACGAGGCAAAUCAUGCUCGUAAGCAUGUGGAUCCAGACUCCUCUCGCUUCGCUGCCCUAGAAGAUCGUAUGAAGAGCCUUGACUCGAUGCUAGAAGAUGCCAAGAAAGCCACUGAGAAGGACGAACAGGAGCGUAUCAUCGUCAUGAUUACUGUACGACUCUCGCAACUUGAAACGCUUCCUCUCCAUGAGCUUACCGAAGAUUCACUGAAUGAGGUGGAGAACCAACUUCAGAAUCUUCCUAAGGACAAGGCUGAACAGCUACAGAAGCAAAUCGAGGACUUGCGAAAUGCCAAGAAGCAACAGGAUGACACUAUUCGUGACACUGCUCAACGCUUGGCACAAAUCGAAGAUGCAAUUGCUGCACUUCCAACAGCUCAAGACAUUCCGACACUCGAAGACAAACUUGCACGAAUGCGUGAAAUUCGCGAAAGUCUACUGAAUUUGCCGAUUACUGCUGAGAAGGAUGUUGACGAUAGGGCAGAGAAUGAUAGGAAGAAAGUCGACGAAAUGACGAAACAUGAUGAAGAACAACUUCAGAAUAUGUUGACUGAACGCGAUCUUCGCAACACUGCGGUUCAAUCGCUUGAUCAACUCGAACAAGACGUUGCGGACAUCGAACAAAGCUUGCCUGUUCCAUCGACAUCCUCUAAUGAUGUUAUAGCGUUCCAGCAGAAUAGAAUACCAAAACUGACAGCAAGAGUAGACGCGAUCGCUGACAUUCCUGCUGACUUACUGCCAAAGAAGGAAGAACUUUCGCAUAGAAUCGAUGACGUCAAUAAGAAAUUGGACGAUCAAGUUAAUGACCUGAAACGAUUCGAAGACAAGACCAUCGAACUACAGAAUGUUGUCGACGAGUGUCGUGGCAAGAUGAAGAAGCUAGAGUUACCAGAACCGAUCGAUACUGCUCAGAAAGAUGCUGAAGACCUGUCGGCAAUUCUAGCCACAAUCGAGGCAAUUCCUCAGGAAGAACUGUCGCCGCGAAAUCAACUGGCUCGUGAUGCAAGCACCAUCAAGCAACAGGCUAAGGAGCAACUUUCUACACUGCGAAAAGCUCUUGACGAUGAAGAAAAGGCUCGUGAAAGACAGGACGAGGUGAAGAACAGAUUGUCAGCCAUUGCCGACAGCCUAAACAAGGUUGAUCCGCAAAAUGUUGAAUCUGCGCAGCAGCUGGUUUCAAGCCUUGAGCCUGAACUGCAGAAGCUGACUGGCAUCGCUGACACAUGUAAUGAAUUCGCUAACACUUCAUCUCCUGUUGUGAGCCACGAUGAUCUCGACAAAACGCUUCCUGAUCAAGUACGGGAAUUGCAGAAGAAGUGUGAAGAUGUGAAGACAAAGGCCGAACAACAAGCAAAGUUGAACGCCGUCGCACCUGAAAUCUUGAUGAUCUCGGAAAGUUUGCAGCAGCAACCGGAAGAGAUCCCAUCAAAUCUCAACGAACAACAAUCUGUACUUGAAGAUCUCGAAUCAAAGAAGCAACGCCUCGAAAACCUCUUGCAGACCAUACCAGCCGGCGAUGCAACGGAGGAGUUGAGGCAAAAGAGCGCAUGGGAUUUGUCAAGACUGAAAGACCUUCUGAAGAGACUUGGCGACUCAGUCGGCGACAAGCUGGCUGCGUUAGCCGCUUUCAAUGCCGCACGCAAGGAUGCUGAAGAUCAGCUUCUUGCCAUCACUGGUCCUGUGUCUGAAGAGAAGACACCUGACGAAUUGAAGAAGGACGAAGAAUCGUUAGCUAGAUUACAGCAAAAUAUCUCACAACUCAACCGUGAUGGUCUGGACGACGAACAGAGAGACGAACAUGCUCAACUGCUCGACCGUAUCAACAAGACACUUGAUGUUCUCAAGCAGCGUCGAAGUGCACUGGAGGACGAACUUUCUAAACGAGCAGCCGAACAACAACUGGCAGAUACCAUCACACCGAUAUCCACACGAUUAGUCCAACUUGUCAACGAUGCUAAUCGGCUGUUGGGAGAUGCAGAAGGAGUACCAGCACAAUAUAGACCAACUGCAGAAGAUUUGGCUGAUGAAUGCAAGAAGGCCGAAACUCUUCUGCAGGAUGCACCAAAAUCGCAUCCUUCUGUGCAAGCCCUCGAAGCAGUCCUACCUCCCGCUCAAAGCAUGAUCCCUGUCUUGCAAGAACGCGCCAACAACUGGGAUGCAUUUGUGCGCAUAAGAGAAGAAGCGGACAUUGAACUGGACAAAUUGCGAAAGCCACUCGACGAAGUCUUGGCAAAACCAAGAAGAUCUACCAAUGACGCUAAGAAAGACUUCGAUGUUAUUUCUGAGGAGAGGAAAAAGACGAAUAUUCUCAACGACAAAGUUCGUCAACUUCAACAGCUUUCUGAACUUCUCGAUCCUCUUGAGAGCGCCUAUGCCGACGUUCGAUUCAUCGACGUUGACGCAGAACAGAUGGAGAAGCAGUAUGAUGACGUACUGAAUGAGAUGUCAUCUGAAAUCGAGGACGAGAAUCUGCUCUGUGACUCUGUAGAUCACUUCAACACCGAGAUGAAUUCUAUCUCUGAUCUGCUAUCCAAAGAGCCCACCAAAGAGAAUAUUGCAAAUGUCGAACAAUUCCAACUUCCGGCACUUCGAGCACAACUAGCGAUGCUGAAGGAGAAACAAGACGAGGCAAAUCAUGCUCGUAAGCAUGUGGAUCCAGACUCCUCUCGCUUCGCUGCCCUAGAAGAUCGUAUGAAGAGCCUUGACUCGAUGCUAGAAGAUGCCAAGAAAGCCACUGAGAAGGACGAACAGGAGCGUAUCAUCGUCAUGAUUACUGUACGACUCUCGCAACUUGAAACGCUUCCUCUCCAUGAGCUUACCGAAGAUUCACUGAAUGAGGUGGAGAACCAACUUCAGAAUCUUCCUAAGGACAAGGCUGAACAGCUACAGAAGCAAAUCGAGGACUUGCGAAAUGCCAAGAAGCAACAGGAUGACACUAUUCGUGACACUGCUCAACGCUUGGCACAAAUCGAAGAUGCAAUUGCUGCACUUCCAACAGCUCAAGACAUUCCGACACUCGAAGACAAACUUGCACGAAUGCGUGAAAUUCGCGAAAGUCUACUGAAUUUGCCGAUUACUGCUGAGAAGGAUGUUGACGAUAGGGCAGAGAAUGAUAGGAAGAAAGUCGACGAAAUGACGAAACAUGAUGAAGAACAACUUCAGAAUAUGUUGACUGAACGCGAUCUUCGCAACACUGCGGUUCAAUCGCUUGAUCAACUCGAACAAGACGUUGCGGACAUCGAACAAAGCUUGCCUGUUCCAUCGACAUCCUCUAAUGAUGUUAUAGCGUUCCAGCAGAAUAGAAUACCAAAACUGACAGCAAGAGUAGACGCGAUCGCUGACAUUCCUGCUGACUUACUGCCAAAGAAGGAAGAACUUUCGCAUAGAAUCGAUGACGUCAAUAAGAAAUUGGACGAUCAAGUUAAUGACCUGAAACGAUUCGAAGACAAGACCAUCGAACUACAGAAUGUUGUCGACGAGUGUCGUGGCAAGAUGAAGAAGCUAGAGUUACCAGAACCGAUCGAUACUGCUCAGAAAGAUGCUGAAGACCUGUCGGCAAUUCUAGCCACAAUCGAGGCAAUUCCUCAGGAAGAACUGUCGCCGCGAAAUCAACUGGCUCGUGAUGCAAGCACCAUCAAGCAACAGGCUAAGGAGCAACUUUCUACACUGCGAAAAGCUCUUGACGAUGAAGAAAAGGCUCGUGAAAGACAGGACGAGGUGAAGAACAGAUUGUCAGCCAUUGCCGACAGCCUAAACAAGGUUGAUCCGCAAAAUGUUGAAUCUGCGCAGCAGCUGGUUUCAAGCCUUGAGCCUGAACUGCAGAAGCUGACUGGCAUCGCUGACACAUGUAAUGAAUUCGCUAACACUUCAUCUCCUGUUGUGAGCCACGAUGAUCUCGACAAAACGCUUCCUGAUCAAGUACGGGAAUUGCAGAAGAAGUGUGAAGAUGUGAAGACAAAGGCCGAACAACAAGCAAAGUUGAACGCCGUCGCACCUGAAAUCUUGAUGAUCUCGGAAAGUUUGCAGCAGCAACCGGAAGAGAUCCCAUCAAAUCUCAACGAACAACAAUCUGUACUUGAAGAUCUCGAAUCAAAGAAGCAACGCCUCGAAAACCUCUUGCAGACCAUACCAGCCGGCGAUGCAACGGAGGAGUUGAGGCAAAAGAGCGCAUGGGAUUUGUCAAGACUGAAAGACCUUCUGAAGAGACUUGGCGACUCAGUCGGCGACAAGCUGGCUGCGUUAGCCGCUUUCAAUGCCGCACGCAAGGAUGCUGAAGAUCAGCUUCUUGCCAUCACUGGUCCUGUGUCUGAAGAGAAGACACCUGACGAAUUGAAGAAGGACGAAGAAUCGUUAGCUAGAUUACAGCAAAAUAUCUCACAACUCAACCGUGAUGGUCUGGACGACGAACAGAGAGACGAACAUGCUCAACUGCUCGACCGUAUCAACAAGACACUUGAUGUUCUCAAGCAGCGUCGAAGUGCACUGGAGGACGAACUUUCUAAACGAGCAGCCGAACAACAACUGGCAGAUACCAUCACACCGAUAUCCACACGAUUAGUCCAACUUGUCAACGAUGCUAAUCGGCUGUUGGGAGAUGCAGAAGGAGUACCAGCACAAUAUAGACCAACUGCAGAAGAUUUGGCUGAUGAAUGCAAGAAGGCCGAAACUCUUCUGCAGGAUGCACCAAAAUCGCAUCCUUCUGUGCAAGCCCUCGAAGCAGUCCUAUCUCCCGCUCAAAGCAUGAUCCCUGUCUUGCAAGAACGCGCCAACAACUGGGAUGCAUUUGUGCGCAUAAGAGAAGAAGCGGACAUUGAACUGGACAAAUUGCGAAAGCCACUCGACGAAGUCUUGGCAAAACCAAGAAGAUCUACCAAUGACGCUAAGAAAGACUUCGAUGUUAUUUCUGAGGAGAGGAAAAAGACGAAUAUUCUCAACGACAAAGUUCGUCAACUUCAACAGCUUUCUGAACUUCUCGAUCCUCUUGAGAGCGCCUAUGCCGACGUUCGAUUCAUCGACGUUGACGCAGAACAGAUGGAGAAGCAGUAUGAUGACGUACUGAAUGAGAUGUCAUCUGAAAUCGAGGACGAGAAUCUGCUCUGUGACUCUGUAGAUCACUUCAACACCGAGAUGAAUUCUAUCUCUGAUCUGCUAUCCAAAGAGCCCACCAAAGAGAAUAUUGCAAAUGUCGAACAAUUCCAACUUCCGGCACUUCGAGCACAACUAGCGAUGCUGAAGGAGAAACAAGACGAGGCAAAUCAUGCUCGUAAGCAUGUGGAUCCAGACUCCUCUCGCUUCGCUGCCCUAGAAGAUCGUAUGAAGAGCCUUGACUCGAUGCUAGAAGAUGCCAAGAAAGCCACUGAGAAGGACGAACAGGAGCGUAUCAUCGUCAUGAUUACUGUACGACUCUCGCAACUUGAAACGCUUCCUCUCCAUGAGCUUACCGAAGAUUCACUGAAUGAGGUGGAGAACCAACUUCAGAAUCUUCCUAAGGACAAGGCUGAACAGCUACAGAAGCAAAUCGAGGACUUGCGAAAUGCCAAGAAGCAACAGGAUGACACUAUUCGUGACACUGCUCAACGCUUGGCACAAAUCGAAGAUGCAAUUGCUGCACUUCCAACAGCUCAAGACAUUCCGACACUCGAAGACAAACUUGCACGAAUGCGUGAAAUUCGCGAAAGUCUACUGAAUUUGCCGAUUACUGCUGAGAAGGAUGUUGACGAUAGGGCAGAGAAUGAUAGGAAGAAAGUCGACGAAAUGACGAAACAUGAUGAAGAACAACUUCAGAAUAUGUUGACUGAACGCGAUCUUCGCAACACUGCGGUUCAAUCGCUUGAUCAACUCGAACAAGACGUUGCGGACAUCGAACAAAGCUUGCCUGUUCCAUCGACAUCCUCUAAUGAUGUUAUAGCGUUCCAGCAGAAUAGAAUACCAAAACUGACAGCAAGAGUAGACGCGAUCGCUGACAUUCCUGCUGACUUACUGCCAAAGAAGGAAGAACUUUCGCAUAGAAUCGAUGACGUCAAUAAGAAAUUGGACGAUCAAGUUAAUGACCUGAAACGAUUCGAAGACAAGACCAUCGAACUACAGAAUGUUGUCGACGAGUGUCGUGGCAAGAUGAAGAAGCUAGAGUUACCAGAACCGAUCGAUACUGCUCAGAAAGAUGCUGAAGACCUGUCGGCAAUUCUAGCCACAAUCGAGGCAAUUCCUCAGGAAGAACUGUCGCCGCGAAAUCAACUGGCUCGUGAUGCAAGCACCAUCAAGCAACAGGCUAAGGAGCAACUUUCUACACUGCGAAAAGCUCUUGACGAUGAAGAAAAGGCUCGUGAAAGACAGGACGAGGUGAAGAACAGAUUGUCAGCCAUUGCCGACAGCCUAAACAAGGUUGAUCCGCAAAAUGUUGAAUCUGCGCAGCAGCUGGUUUCAAGCCUUGAGCCUGAACUGCAGAAGCUGACUGGCAUCGCUGACACAUGUAAUGAAUUCGCUAACACUUCAUCUCCUGUUGUGAGCCACGAUGAUCUCGACAAAACGCUUCCUGAUCAAGUACGGGAAUUGCAGAAGAAGUGUGAAGAUGUGAAGACAAAGGCCGAACAACAAGCAAAGUUGAACGCCGUCGCACCUGAAAUCUUGAUGAUCUCGGAAAGUUUGCAGCAGCAACCGGAAGAGAUCCCAUCAAAUCUCAACGAACAACAAUCUGUACUUGAAGAUCUCGAAUCAAAGAAGCAACGCCUCGAAAACCUCUUGCAGACCAUACCAGCCGGCGAUGCAACGGAGGAGUUGAGGCAAAAGAGCGCAUGGGAUUUGUCAAGACUGAAAGACCUUCUGAAGAGACUUGGCGACUCAGUCGGCGACAAGCUGGCUGCGUUAGCCGCUUUCAAUGCCGCACGCAAGGAUGCUGAAGAUCAGCUUCUUGCCAUCACUGGUCCUGUGUCUGAAGAGAAGACACCUGACGAACUGAAGAAGGACGAAGAAUCGUUAGCUAGAUUACAGCAAAAUAUCUCACAACUCAACCGUGAUGGUCUGGACGACGAACAGAGAGACGAACAUGCUCAACUGCUCGACCGUAUCAACAAGACACUUGAUGUUCUCAAGCAGCGUCGGGGCGCAUUAGAGGACGAAUAUGCGAAACGAGCAGCCGAUCAACAAUUAACAGAUGCCAUCGCUCCAGUAUCCACACGAUUAGUCCAACUUGUCAAAGAUGCUAAUCAGCUGCUGGGAGAUGUAGAAGGAGUACCGGCACAGUAUAGACCAACUGCCGAAGAUUUGGCUGAUGAAUGCAAGAAGGCCGAAACUCUUCUGCAGGAUGCACCAAAAUCGCAUCCUUCUGUGCAAGCCCUCGAAGCAGUCCUAUCUCCUGCAGAAAGCAUGAUCAAGAUCUUGCAAGAACGUGCCAAUAAUUGGGAUACUUUUGUACAACUGAGGGAUGAAGCGGAUAUUGAACUAAGCAAAUUGAGAGAACCGCUUGACGAGGUAUUGGCGAAACCACGAAGAACUAUCAACGACGCAAACAGAGAUUUUGAUCGAUUGUCUGAAGAAAGAAAGAAGACAGAUGGCCUUGAUGACAAAGUCCUUAUACUCCAACAGCUUUCUGAGCUAUUUGAUCCUCUCGAAAGCCCCUAUGCAGACGUUCGCUUUAUCGACGUUGAUAGGGAACAACUGGAAAAACAAUAUGAUGAUGUCAUGUGUGAUUUAUCAGCGGAAAUUGAAGAUGAAAAGCUUCUGCGUGACUCUAUGGAUCACCUCAACACCGAAAUUAGCUCUAUUUCCGAUCUGCUAUCCACAGAGCCCGGUAAAGAGAAUAUUGAAAAUGCUGAUCAAUUCCAACUUCCGGCACUUCGAGCACAACUAGCGAUGCUGAAGGAGAAACAAGACGAGGCAAAUCAUGCUCGUAAGCAUGUGGAUCCAGACUCCUCUCGCUUCGCUGCCCUAGAAGAUCGUAUGAAGAGCCUUGACUCGAUGCUAGAAGAUGCCAAGAAAGCCACUGAGAAGGACGAACAGGAGCGUAUCAUCGUCAUGAUUACUGUACGACUCUCGCAACUUGAAACGCUUCCUCUCCAUGAGCUUACCGAAGAUUCACUGAAUGAGGUGGAGAACCAGCUUCAGAAUGUUCCUAAGGACAAGGCUGAACAGCUACAGAAGCAAAUCGAGGACUUGCGAAAUGCCAAGAAGCAACAGGAUGACACUAUUCGUGACACUGCUCAACGUUUGGCACAAAUCGAAGAUGCAAUUGCUGCACUUCCAACAGCUCAAGACAUUCCGACACUCGAAGACAAACUUGCACGAAUGCGUGAAAUUCGCGAAAGUCUACUGAAUUUGCCGAUUACUGCUGAGAAGGAUGUUGACGAUAGGGCAGAGAAUGAUAGGAAGAAAGUCGACGAAAUGACGAAACAUGAUGAAGAACAACUUCAGAAUAUGUUGACUGAACGCGAUCUUCGCAACACUGCGGUUCAAUCGCUUGAUCAACUCGAACAAGACGUUGCGGACAUCGAACAAAGCUUGCCUGUUCCAUCGACAUCCUCUAAUGAUGUUAUAGCGUUCCAGCAGAAUAGAAUACCAAAACUGACAGCAAGAGUAGACGCGAUCGCUGACAUUCCUGCUGACUUACUGCCAAAGAAGGAAGAACUUUCGCAUAGAAUCGAUGACGUCAAUAAGAAAUUGGACGAUCAAGUUAAUGACCUGAAACGAUUCGAGGACAAGACCAUCGAACUACAGAAUGUUGUCGACGAGUGUCGUGGCAAGAUGAAGAAGCUAGAGUUACCAGAACCGAUCGAUACUGCUCAGAAAGAUGCUGAAGACCUGUCGGCAAUUCUAGCCACAAUCGAGGCAAUUCCUCAGGAAGAACUGUCCCUUAGAGGACAGCUGGGUGAAGAUGCAAGCACAAUCAGGCAACAGACAAAGGAGCAACUUUCUACACUGCGAGAAGCUCUUGACGAUGAAGAAAAGGCUCGUGAAAGGCAGGACGAGGUGAAGAACAGAUUGUCAGCCAUUGCUGACAGCCUGAACAAGGCUGAUCCAGAGAAUUUCGAGUCUGCUUUGCAGCUAGUUUCAAGCCUUGAGCCUGAACUGCAGAAGCUGACUGGCAUCGCUGACACAUGUAAUGAAUUCGCUAACACUUCAUCUCCUGUUGUGAGCCACGAUGAUCUCGACAAAACGCUUCCUGAUCAAGUACGGGAAUUGCAGAAGAAGUGUGAAGAUGUGAAGACAAAGGCCGAACAACAAGCAAAGUUGAACGCCGUCGCACCUGAAAUCUUGAUGAUCUCGGAAAGUUUGCAGCAGCAACCGGAAGAGAUCCCAUCAAAUCUCAACGAACAACAAUCUGUACUUGAAGAUCUCGAAUCAAAGAAGCAACGCCUCGAAAACCUCUUGCAGACCAUACCAGCCGGCGAUGCAACGGAGGAGUUGAGGCAAAAGAGCGCAUGGGAUUUGUCAAGACUGAAAGACCUUCUGAAGAGACUUGGCGACUCAGUUGGCGACAAGCUGGCUGCGUUAGCCGCUUUCAAUGCCGCACGCAAGGAUGCUGAAGAUCAGCUUCUUGCCAUCACUGGUCCUGUGUCUGAAGAGAAGACACCUGACGAACUGAAGAAGGACGAAGAAUCGUUAGAUAGAUUACAGCAAAAUAUCUCACAACUCAACCGUGAUGGUCUGGACGACGAACAGAGAGACGAACAUGCUCAACUGCUCGACCGUAUCAACAAGACGCUUGAUGAAUUAAAGCAUCGUCGAAUUGCCCUGGAGGACGAACUCUCGAAACGAGCAGCCGAACAGGAACUGGCAGAUACCAUCACACCGAUAUCCGCACGAUUACUUCAAUUAGUCAACGAUGCUAACGGGCUAUUGGGAGAUGUAGAAGGAGUACCAGCACAAUAUAGACCAACUGCAGAAGAUUUGGCUGAUGAAUGCAAGAAGGCCGAAACUCUUCUGCAGGAUGCACCAAAAUCGCAUCCUUCUGUGCAAGCCCUCGAAGCAGUCAUAUCAUCCGCUCAAAGCAUGAUCCCAGUCUUGCAAGAACGCGCCAACAACUGGGAUACGUUUGUAGGAAUGAGGGAUGAGGCGGACACAGAUCUGAGUGAUAUGAGAGAGCCACUUGACGAAGUGACAGCAAAACCGCGAAGAUCUAUCAAUGACGCUAAAAAAGACUUCGAACUAUUAUCUGAAAAGAGGAAGAAAGCAGAUGUUCUUAGCGACAAAAUUCAGCAACUUCAACAGCUCUCUGAGCUUCUCGAUCCUCUCGAAAUUCCCUACGCAGACAUACGUUUCAUAGACGUCGACAGAGAGCAACUUGAGAAGCAGUACGACGACGUACUAUGCGAUUUAUCAGCGGAAAUUGAAGAUGAGAACCUUGUAUGCGACUCUGUAGAUCACUUCAACAACGAAAUAAAUUUCAUUGCUGAUAUGCUAUCCAGAAAGCCCACCAAAGAGGACUUGCAAAACGUUGGACAAUUCCAGCUUCCAGCACUUCAAGCACAACUAGCAAUGCUGAGGGAGAAACAUGAUGAGGCAAACCAUGCUCGCAAGCAUGUGGAUCCAGAUUCCUCUCGCUUCGCUGCCUUAGAAGAUCGUAUGAAAUGGGUUGCAACGCUGUUAGAAGACGCAGAAAAAACUGCCGAGAAGGAUGAACUAGAGCGUAUCAUCAUUAUGAUCACCGUCCGACUGUCGCAACUCGAAGCGCUUCCUCUUCAUGAGCUUGCCGAAGAUUCACUGAACGAAGUGGAGAACCAACUUCAGAAUCUUCCUAAGGACAAGGCUGAACAGCUACAGAAGCAAAUCGAAGACUUGCGGAAUGCCAAAAAGCAACAGGAUGACACCAUUCGUGAUGCUGUCCAGCGCUUGGCACAAAUCGAAGAUGCAAUUGGUGCACUUCCAACAGCUCAAGACAUUCCGACACUCGAAGACAAACUUGCACGAAUGCGUGAAAUUCGCGAAAGUCUACUGAAUUUGCCGAUUACUGCUGAGAAGGAUGUUGACGAUAGGGCAGAGAAUGAUAGGAAGAAAGUCGACGAAAUGACGAAACAUGAUGAAGAACAACUUCAGCACAUGCUGACUGAACGCGAUCUUCGCAACACUGCGGUUCAAUCGCUUGAUCAACUCGAACAGGACGUUGCGGACAUCGAACAAAGCUUACCUGUUCCAUCGACAUCCUCUAAUGAUGUUAUAGCGUUCCAGCAGAAUAGAAUACCAAAACUGACAGCAAGAGUAGACGCGAUCGCUGACAUUCCUGCUGACUUACUGCCAAAGAAGGAAGAACUUUCGCACAGAAUCGAUGACGUCAAUAAGAAAUUGGACGAUCAAGUUAAUGACCUGAAACGAUUCGAAGAUAAGACCAUCGAACUACAGAAUAUUGUCGACGAGUGUCGUGGCAAGAUGAAGAAGUUAGAGUUACCAGAACCAAUCGAAACUGCUCAGAAAGAUGCUGAAGACCUGUCAGCAAUUCUGGCCACAAUCGAGGCAAUUCCUCAGGAAGAUCUGUCCCUUAGAGGACAGCUGGGUGAAGAUGCAAGCACAAUCAGGCAACAGACAAAGGAGCAACUUUCUACACUGCGAGAAGCUCUUGACGAUGAAGAAAAGGCUCGUGAAAGACAGGACGAGGUGAAGAACAGAUUGUCAGCCAUUGCCGACAGCUUGAACAAGGUUGAUCCAGAGAACUUCGAGUCCGCUUUGCAGCUGGUUUCUAGCCUUGAGCCUGAACUGCAGAAGCUGACUGGCAUCGCUGACACAUGUAAUGAAUUCGCUAACACUUCAUCUCCUGUUGUGAGCCACGAUGAUCUCGACAAAACGCUUCCUGAUCAAGUACGGGAAUUGCAGAAGAAGUGUGAAGAUGUGAAGACAAAGGCCGAACAACAAGCAAAGCUGAACGCCGUCGCACCUGAAAUCUUGAUGAUCUCGGAAAGUUUGCAGCAGCAACCGGAAGAGAUCCCAUCAAAUCUCAACGAACAACAAUCUGUACUUGAAGAUCUCGAAUCAAAGAAGCAACGCCUCGAAAACCUCUUGCAGACCAUACCAGCAGGCGAUGCAACGGAGGAGUUGAGGCAAAAGAGCGCAUGGGAUUUGUCAAGACUAAAAGACCUUCUGAAGAGACUUGGCGACUCAGUUGGCGACAAGCUGGCUGCGUUAGCCGCUUUCAAUGCCGCACGCAAGGAUGCUGAAGAUCAGCUACUUGCCAUCACUGGUCCUGUGUCUGAAGAGAAGACACCUGACGAACUGAAGAAGGACGAAGAAUCGUUAGCUAGAUUACAGCAAAGUAUCUCACAACUCAACCGUGAUGGUCUGGACGACGAACAGAGAGACGAACAUGCUCGACUGUUGGAUCGUAUCAAUAAUACACUUGAUGUUCUCAAGCAGCGUCGAAGCGUUCUAGAGGAUGAACAUGCGAAACGAGUCGCCGAACAACAACUAGAAGAUACUAUCACACCGAUAUCCACACGACUGAUCCAACUCGUCAGUGAUGCCAAUCAGCUGUUAGGAGAUGCAGAAGGAGUACCAGCACAAUAUAGACCAACUGCAGAAGAGUUGGCUAACGAAUGCAAAAAAGCCGAAACUCUUUUACAGGAUGCACCGAAAUCCCAUCCUUCUGUGCAAGCCCUUGAAGCAGUACUAUCUCCUGCCCAAAGUAUUCUUAAUAUCAUGCAAGAGCGUGCUGACAUCUGGGAGAGGUUCGCAAAACUGAGAGAAGAAGCAGACACCGAACUGAGCAGACUCAGAGAAUCACUUGACGAAGUGCUUCGGAAACCAAGAAGACCAAUAAAUGAUGCCAAAAAAGAUUUUGGUGCGCUGUCCGAACAAAGGGAUAAGAGCGAUAUCAACAACAAAAUUCGUCAAUUACAACAGCUAUGUGAAUCACUAAGUCCACUUGAAAGCCCCUAUGCAGAUGUUCGCUUUAUCGACGUUGAUUCAGAGCAACUGCAAAAACAGUAUGAAGACGUGAUGACUGAUUUAUCUGCGGAAAUAGCUGAGGAAGACCUUCUUUGUGACUCAGUAGAUCACUUCAAUAACGAGUUGAACUCGAUCGCUGAUCUCUUAUCAAAAAUGCCGGAUAGCGAAGAUAUUGAGAAUAUUGAAAAAUUCCAACUUCCUGCGCUCCGAGCUCAGCUGCUAAUGCUAAAAGAGAAACAUGACGAAGCAAAUUAUGCUCGAAAGCAUGUGGAUCCAGAGCCCUCUCGCAUUAGCGUUUUAGAGGAUCAAAUGAAGGCAGCUGAUUCACUGCUUGAAAACGCAAAGAAAACAGCUGAGAAGGACAAACAGGAACGUAUCAUCGUCAUGAUCACCGUACGACUUUCGGAACUUGAAACGCUUCCUCUCCAUGAGCUUACCGAAGAUUCACUGAAUGAGAUGGAGAACCAACUCCAGGAUCUUCCUAAGGACAAGGCUGAACAGCUACAGAAGCAAAUCGAGGACUUGCGAAAUGCCAAGAAGCAACAGGAUGACACUAUUCGUGACACUGUUCAACGCUUGGCACAAAUCGAAGAUGCAAUUGCUGCACUUCCAACAGCUCAAGACAUUCCGACACUCGAAGACAAACUUGCACGAAUGCGUGAAAUUCGCGAAAGUCUACUGAAUUUGCCGAUUACCGCUGAGAAAGAUGUUGACGAUAGGGCAGAGAAUAACAGGAAGAAAGUCGACGAAAUGACGAAACAUGAUGAAGAACAACUUCAGCACAUGCUGACUGAACGCGAUCUUCGCAACACUGCGGUUCAAUCGCUUGAUCAACUCGAACAAGACGUUGCGGACAUCGAACAAAGCUUGCCUGUUCCAUCGACAUCCUCUAAUGAUGUUAUAGCGUUCCAGCAGAAUAGAAUACCAAAACUGACAGCAAGAGUAGAUGCGAUCGCUGACAUUCCUGCUGAUUUACUGCCAAAGAAGGAAGAACUUUCGCACAGAAUCGAUGACGUCAAUAAGAAAUUGGACGAUCAAGUUAACGAUCUGAAACGAUUUGAAGAUAUGACCAUCGAACUACAGAAUGUUGUCGACGAGUGUCGUGGCAAGAUGAAGAAGUUAGAGUUACCAGAACCAAUCGAAACUGCUCAGAAAGAUGCUGAAGACCUGUCAGCAAUUCUGGCCACAAUCGAGGCAAUUCCUCAGGAAGAACUGUCGGCUCGAAAUCAAGUGGCUCGUGAUGCAAGUACCAUCAAGCAACAAACAAAGGAGCAACUUUCUACACUGCGAAAAGCUCUUGGGGAUGAAGAAAAGGCCCGUGAAAGGCAGGAUGAACUGAAGAACAAAUUGUCAGCCAUUGCCGACAGUCUGAACAAGGUUGAUCCAGAAAAUUUCGAGUCUGCUUUGCAGCUAGUUUCAAGCCUUGAGCCUGAACUGCAGACGCUGUCUGGCAUCGCUGACACUUGUGAUCAAUUCGCUAGCACUUCAUCUCCUGUUGUGAGCCACGAUGACCUCGACAAAACGCUUCCUGAUCAAGUACGGGAAUUGCAGAAGAAGUGUGAAGACGUGAAAACGAAGGCCGAACAACUAGCAAAGUUGAACGCUGUCGCACCUGAAAUCUUGAUGAUCUCAGAAAGUCUGCAACAGCAGCCAGAGGAGAUCCCAUCAACUCUUGACGAACAGCAAUCUGUACUUGAAGAUCUCGAAUCAAAGAAGCAACGCCUCGAAAACCUCCUGCAGACCAUACCAGCCGGCGAUGCAGCGGAGGAGUUGAGGCAAAAGAGCGCAUGGGAUUUGUCAAGACUGAAAGACCUUCUAAAGAGACUCGGCGACUCAGUCGGCGACAAGCUGGCUGCGUUAGCCGCUUUCAAUGCCGCACGCAAGGAUGCUGAAGAUCAACUUCUUGCCAUCACUAGUCCCGUGUCUGAAGAGAAGACACCUGACGAACUGAAAAAGGACGAAGAAUCGUUAGCUAGAUUACAGCAAAAUAUCUCACAACUUAACCGUGAUGGUCUGGACGAUGAGCAAAGAGACGAACAUGCUCAACUGCUCGACCGUAUCAACAAGACUCUUGAUGUUCUCAAGCAGCGUCGAAUUGCCCUAGAAGACGAACUUGCAAAACGGGCAGCCGAACAACAACUGGCAGAUACUAUCAAACCAAUAUACACGCGAUUAGUCCAAUUAGUCAGCGAUGCUAAGCGGCUGUUGGAAGAUGCAGAAGGAGUACCAGCACAAUACAGACCAACUGCAGAAGAUUUGACUGAUGAAUGCAAGAAGGCCGAAACUCUUCUGCAGGAUGCACCAAAAUCGCAUCCUUCUGUGCAAGCCCUCGAAGCAGUCUUAUCUCCUGCUGAAAGCAUGUCUAAGGAUCUGCAGGAGCAUGCCAACAACUGGGACGCAUUCUCAAGGUUGAGAGAGGAAGCGGACGUCGAACUCGGCAAGCUGAGGAAAUCACUUGACGAAGUGUUGAGAAAGCCACGAAGAACGACAAACGACGCUCAGCAAGAUUUUGAUAUGCUAUCGGAAGAAAGAAAGAAAAUUUAUAAUCUCAGUGACAAAAUCCGUACACUUCAACAGCUUUCUGAUCUACUCGAACCCCUGGAGAGCCCUCGUGCAGAUGUUCGAUUUAUCGACGUCGAUAUCGAACAAAUGGAGAAGCAGUACGAUGACGUAUUAUGUGAUUUAUCAGCAGAAGUCGAAGACGAGAACCUUUUGAGUGAUUCUGUGGAUCACUUCAUCAACGAGAUUAACUCCAUCUGCGAUCAGCUAUCUAAAGAGCUUACCAGAGAGAACCUCGAAAAUAUCGAGAAAUUCCAGACUCCUGCUCUUCGAGCGCAAUUAGCUAUGUUGAAGGAAAAACAAGAUGAAGCAAAUCAUUCCCGUAAACAUGUGGAUCCAGACUCUUCUCGUCUCGCUGUUUUAGAAGACCGUAUGAAGUCACUUGAUGCACUGCUAGAAGACGCGAAGAAAGCCGCUGAGAAGGACGAACAGGAGCGUAUCAUCGUCAUGAUUACUGUACGACUCUCGCAACUUGAAACGCUUCCUCUCCAUGAGCUUACCGAAGAUUCAUUGAAUGAGGUGGAGAACCAACUUCAGAAUCUUCCUAAGGACAAGACUGAACAGCUACAGAAGCAAAUCGAGGACUUGCGAAAUGCCAAAAAGCAACAGGAUGACACCAUUCGUGAUGCUGUCCAGCGCUUGGCACAAAUCGAAGAUGCAAUUGCUGCACUUCCAACAGCUCAAGACAUUCCGACACUCGAGGACAAACUUGCACGAAUGCGUGAAAUUCGCGAAAGUCUACUGAAUUUGCCGAUUACCGCUGAGAAGGAUGUUGACGAUAGGGCAGAGAAUGAUAGGAAGAAAGUCGACGAAAUGACGAAACAUGAUGAAGAACAACUUCAGCACAUGUUGGCUGAACGCGAUCUUCACAAGGCUGCUGUCCAAUCUCUGGAUCAACUUGAACAAGACGUUGCUGACAUUGAACAAAGCCUGCCCGUUCCAUCGACAUCUUCUAAUGAUGUGCUGGCGUUCCAGCAGAGUAGAAUACCAAAACUGACAGCAAGAGUAGAUGCGAUCGCUGACAUUCCUGCUGAUUUACUGCCAAAGAAGGAAGAACUUUCGCAUAGAAUCGAUGACGUCAAUAAGAAAUUGGACGAUCAAGUUAAUGACCUGAAACGAUUCGAAGAUAAGACCAUCGGACUACAGAAUGUUGUCGACGAGUGUCGUGGCAAGAUGAAGAAGCUAGAGUUACCAGAACCGAUCGAUACUGCUCAGAAAGAUGCUGAAGACCUGUCGGCAAUUCUAGCCACAAUCGAGGCAAUUCCUCAGGAAGAACUGUCGCAGCGAAAUCAACUGGCUCGUGAUGCAAGUAACAUCAAGCAACAGAUAGAGGAGCAGCUAACAACAUUGCAGAAUGCUCUUGGUGAUGAAGAAAAGGCUCGUGAAAGACAGAAUGAGGUGAAAAACAGAUUGUCAGCCAUUGCUGACAGCCUGAACAAAGUUGAUCCACAGAAUGUCGAAUACGCUCAGCAGCUGGUUUCAAGCCUUGAGCCUGAACUGCAGAAACUGACUGGCAUCGCUGACACAUGUAAUGAGUUUGCUAACACUUCAUCUCCUGUUGUGAGCCACGAUGACCUCGACAAAACGCUUCCUGAUCAAGUACGGGAAUUGCAGAAGAAGUGUGAAGAUGUGAAGACGAAGGCCGAACAACUAGCCAAGUUGAACGCUGUCGCACCUGAAAUCUUAAUGAUCUCAGAAAGUCUGCAACAGCAACCAGAAGAGAUCCCAUCAACUCUUGAGGAACAGCAAUCUGCAAUUGAAGAUCUCGAAUCAAAGAAGCAACGCCUCGAAAACCUCUUGCAGACCAUACCAGCCGGCGAUGCAACGGAGGAGUUGAGGCAAAAGAGCGCAUGGGAUUUGUCAAAACUGAAAGACCUUCUGAAGAGACUUGGCGACUCAGUCGGCGACAAGCUGGCUGCGUUAGCCGCUUUCAAUGCCACACGCAAGGAUGCUGAAGAUCAUCUUCGUGUCGUAACUGAUCACAUCUCAGAAGCGAAAACUCCUGAUGAACUUAAAAAAGACGAAGAAUUGCUAACCAAGUUGCAAGAAAGUAUUUGUCGGUUGAACCUGGAAAAUCUAGACGACGAGAAGAGGAGCGAAUACGCGCAAUUACUCGACCGCAUCAACGAGAUUCUGCUUGCACUCAAGCGGCGUAUAAGCGCGCUGGAGGAUGAACUUGCAAAACAAGCAGCAGAGAAAGAAAUCACGGAUGCCAUCAGUCCUAUAUCUACACGACUGAUACAACUUAUCAAUGAUGCUAACCAGCUCCUAGGAGAUACAGAAGGAAAUCCGUCAUAUUAUCGACCAAUUACAGAGGAGAUGAAAACUGAAUGCGAAAAGGCCGUUAAUAUCUUGAAAGAUGCUCCAGAAUCUCAUCCUUCUGUUAAUCCUCUCAAAGUCGUGCUCUCUUCCGCCACACACAUGGUUCCAGCCUUGGAGGAACGCGCUAACAACUGGGACUUAUUCGUGCACCUAAGGGAUGAAGCCAGCAAACUUCUAGAAGCGGUAUUGAACAAACUUAGGAGCGUGCAAGAGCGAACAGAAUUAGUCCCUAUUACAACAGGCGAACUACAACUGCAAAAUCUAAAAUAUCUAUAUGUGGACAUCGAGCGGCUUCGCUCUGCAGAGAAGGAGCUCAAUGAGAUCGCGUUGUCACUGCAACCUUCACUGCAUGUUUCACAAGAAGUCCGCUUCUUUAUAGUUGAUCAAGAACGUACAGAAAAGCUAUAUGAGGAAAUCACAGAACGAUUAGCUGCAGAGAUCACCGCUGAAGCGCAGUUGAAUAGAACUUUGGAUAUACUAACAACCGAGCUCAACAACUGCAGCGAAGAGCUCAGCGCUGAAGACGACCAACAAAAAGAUAUUCUGAGUCAUGAGUCACUUCUACUGGACAUUAUCGCUCAUUUGGAAAACCAAAAGGUGAUCGUGGAACGUAGUGCGCAAAGUCGUCGGUUUAUCGAGAGCAGCACCUCGGCUAGCCUUGAUCGACUUAUGCAACGUGCUCAAGACCUUCUGGAAGCGCUUCGACAAGCGCCUCAAGCAAGCAUGGAAGUAGCAGCACCAGAAGAAUAUGACGUCGAUGCUGCUGCUGAAGUACUUGCCGCAUUAUAUCCCGAGACACAUCCAUAUAGUGUACUCGCUGAACAUGGAUUCGAGGGGCUUCCGUCAGACACAGACUCGAUGAGCGAGUUUGAAUCCAUCGACGGUUCGUCUUCGGGAAUGCUUUCCCCGAUUCCGGACACCGCCACUGGCAUUGUGGCGGCUUCACAAUUCCGUCGGCAACGGUCGCGAUGGAGACGGGUUCUACGUACAGCAUUGCCUCUUCAGGCAAUGCUGGUUUUGCUAUUGGGAGCAGCUUGUCUGGUCCCACACUGCGAUGACGAGUAUUGUUGUCAACUUCUUAAUAACUUCGCAAGAAGCUUUGAUCCAUCUCUUGAAUUUAUCAAUGGACCUCCGCCUUUCUAAACAGCACGAAGGUGUACAAUUUGAUGCAGGCUUCAUAUGAUUUUUUUGUUAAUAAAAAGAUUAU